AUGGCUGCCCUGGCUCGGCCCCCCGCUGCCCGGGCUCCGCUCUCCCCGGACUCCGCUCACAGUCCCGGUCGGGGGGCGGCAGCAGGCGGUGGGGUCCCCGGGGUCCGGCGCAGAGUGCGGCCGCAGAGGACUCACCGACCGACCCCCGAUGUCCGCUUCAUAUUCCAGUGUGAGAAGCCGGGUUACACCGGGCACAACUUCCAGGCCGAGGCCGCUCUGACCGCCUGGUGCGACCUGUGCUGCCACUUCAUCUUCCUCGGAGCCCAGCGGUGUGCGGGUAAGACAUCCCACUAUUUAUAUACACAGAGCUUAUAUUAUAUAGAUCAAUAAAUAUAUAUACACAGAGCUUAUAUUAUAUAGAUCAAUAAAUAUACACAGAGCUUAUAUUAUAUAGAUCAAUAAAUAUAUACACUAUAUAUACACAGAGCUUAUAUUAUAUAGAUCAAUAAAUAUAUACACUAUAUAUACACAGAGCUUAUAUUAUAUAGAUCAAUAAAUAUAUACACUAUAUAUACACAGAGCUUAUAUUAUAUAGAUCAAUAAAUAUACACACUAUAUAUACACAGAGCUUAUAUUAUAUAGAUCAAUAAAUAUAUACACUAUAUAUACACAGAGCUUAUAUUAUACAGAUCAAUAAAUAUAUACACUAUAUAUACACAGAGCUUAUAUUAUAUAGAUCAAUAAAUAAAUAUACACUAUAUAUACACAGAGCUUAUAUUAUACAGAUCAAUAAAUAUAUACACUAUAUAUACACAGAGCUUAUAUUAUAUAGAUCAAUAAAUAUACACACUAUAUAUACACAGAGCUUAUAUUAUACAGAUCAAUAAAUAUAUACACUAUAUAUACACAGAGCUUAUAUUAUAUAGAUCAAUAAAUAUACACACUAUAUAUACACAGAGCUUAUAUUAUAUAGAUCAAUAAAUAUAUAUACACAGAGCUUAUAUUAUAUAGAUCAAUAAAUAUAUAUACACAGAGCUUAUAUUAUACAGAUCAAUAAAUAAAUAUACACUAUAUAUACACAGAGCUUAUAUUAUACAGAUCAAUAAAUAUAUACACUAUAUAUACACAGAGCUUAUAUUAUAUAGAUCAAUAAAUAUACACACUAUAUAUACACAGAGCUUAUAUUAUACAGAUCAAUAAAUAUAUACACUAUAUAUACACAGAGCUUAUAUUAUAUAGAUCAAUAAAUAUACACACUAUAUAUACACAGAGCUUAUUAUAUAGAUCAAUAAAUAUACACACUAUAUAUACACAGAGCUUAUAUUAUAUAGAUCAAUAAAUAUACACACAGCUAUACACAGAGCUUAUAUUAUAUAGAUCAAUAAAUAAAUAUACACUAUAUAUACAAAGAGCUUAUAUGAUAUAGAUCAAUAAAUAUACACAGAGCUUAUAUUAUAUAGAUCAAUAAAUAAAUAUACACUAUAUAUACACAGAGCUUAUAUUAUAUAGAUCAAUAAAUAUACACACAGCUAUACACAGAGCUUAUAUUAUAUAGAUCAAUAAAUAUACACACUAUAUAUACACAGAGCUUAUAUUAUAUAGAUCAAUAAAUAUACACACUAUAUAUACACAGAGCUUAUAUUAUAUAGAUCAAUAAAUAUACACACAGCUAUACACAGAGCUUAUAUUAUAUAGAUCAAUAAAUAAAUAUACACUAUAUAUACACAGAGCUUAUAUGAUAUAGAUCAAUAAAUAUACACAGAGCUUAUAUUAUAUAGAUCAAUAAAUAAAUAUACACUAUAUAUACACAGAGCUUAUAUUAUAUAGAUCAAUAAAUAUACACACAGCUAUACACAGAGCUUAUAUUAUAUAGAUCAAUAAAUAUACACACUAUAUAUACACAGAGCUUAUAUUAUACAGAUCAAUAAAUAUAUACACUAUAUAUACACAGAGCUUAUAUUUUACAGAUCAAUAAAUAUAUACACUAUAUAUACACAGAGCUUAUAUUAUACAGAUCAAUAAAUAUACACACACAUAUAUAUAUAUAUAUAUACAUACACACACACACACACACAUACCUUAUAGUGAUCAAUAACUAUACACACAUAGCUUAUACACAUUAAUAACUGUAGAUAGAUCAAUAAAUAAUAUACAGUACAGAUAGAUAUCAAUAAGUAAUAUACACAGACUCUAUAUACAAAUAACUAUUCACACAGACCUUAUAAUGAUCAAUAUACACACAGAGCUUAUAGUAAUCAAUAACUAUACAUACAGAUCAAUAAAUAAUACACACAGCCCCUAUAGACAGAUCAAUAAAUAUACGCACAGCGCUUAUAGUGAUCAAUAACUAUACACAAAGAGCUUAUAGACAUCAAUAAUUAUACACAUAUACCUUAUCACAUAACUUUACACACAGAGCUUAUACACACAGACCUUAUAGAUAGAUCAAUAAAAUGUAUACAUACAGCCCCUAUAGAAAUCAAUAAGUAAUACACACAAACCCUCUACACAUCAAUAACUAUAUACACAGACCUUAGAAUGAUCCAAUAAAUAUACACACAGUCUCUAUAGACAGAUUAAUACUUAUAUAUACACACAGCACCUAUAGACAGAUCAAUAUAUAUAUAUAUACAGCACCCAUAUAGAUCAAUAUAUAUACACACACACACAUACAUACAUGCAGCACCUAUAGACAUCAAUGCAUAUACAAACGGCAGCUAUAGACAAAUUAAUAAAUAUACACACAGCCCCUAUAUACAUCAAUAUACAUACAGCCCCUAUGGACAUCAAUAAAUAUACAUAAAUAGUCAAACUGAAAAAAAUUAAUCAAGUCGGCUAUAUUUGAGUUCAGCUAUUUUGCCUGAAAUUUGAAAUUGGAAUUCCCACCAGGUCACACUUUGGUGAAUAACUCUGAAAGCAUGGGUUAUACAUCAUGACUAGUUGGUAGUAAACGCAAGCAUGUGCCUGUAGAGAGUUGGAUACUCUCAUGGAUAUUCACUAAUAUAGCAAAGUAUAAAAUUGUGUAAACAGUAAAAUAUGAAUUUUGUAUGGCUGCAGUGUAGAUUUUGAAGUUUGUAAAAUGUACCAGUUCUAUCAAAGUAUGUGAAGCCAUUGCGUACACCUUUUAUUGUUCAGGUUACAAAAGCUGAGUGUGUAGAGUUUGUGAUUGUUCACUAAACGGGACGUUGCAUGUAGACGAUUGACAGCCUGCAUAAUUAAGCAUAAAACAGUCAAACUGCUAGAACAGUGAAGUUCGGGGAAAAAAAAAAGGUUUUAUUUUGACGUACAUUUUUCUUGUCAAUUCCUUACAGUUCCAACUUAACAAUUUUAGUUAAUAAUCUCUAUAGUAUUGCAGUAGCUGACCUUAUACACCAUUUUUGUUGUACAUGUCACAGGAUCUAGUUUGUGCACACUUUUUGUUGUACAUGUCUCAAGAUCUAGUUUGCGUACACGUUUUGUUGUACAUCUCACAAGAUCUAGUUUGCAUACACUUUUUUGUUGUAGAGGUCACAGGAUCUAGUUUGCAUUCACAUUUUGUUGUACAUGUCACAAAAUCUAGUUUGGGUACACUUUUUGUUGUAGAGGUCACAGGAUUGAGUUUGUAUAAACUUUUUGUUGUAUUCAUUACAGGAUUUAGUUUCUGUACACUUCCUGUUGUGCAGAUGACAGGAGCUUGUGAUAUUUAAAGGAGCAGUCCAAUAAUUUGUACGUUUCAACUUAAUUUGUUUAGUAGCACUUGUUAGUAGCCCCCCUUCCCUUUAGUUUUUUUGUUGUUGUUUAAAAACGAUUUCUUUUAGCUAAUAAUUUACCUUAAAUCCAGUGCCAAGUCAGCUUCACUCCUGAUCCCUUCCAUGCCUCCUGUGUCGUCCUUGCGUGUCAUCAAAUUUGGCUUGGUGGUCCAAUCACAAUAGAGGAAGGAAGAAAGUGGGGGCUGCUGGGAAGGAUGUGGACCAGGGGGUGAACAAGGGGUGGCAGAAGGGAAAAUGGCUAUGGAGAGGGAUUAGGAAUGGACAUAGUGACAGAGCUGACAUUAUGGAGGGAAGGAGACGGGAUUGGGGAGGGGUAUAAUAAGGCAGGCAAUAGGAAGUUGUGUAUCUGUGUAGUGUGUGUAUCUAAAGAAACAAAUAAAAUGGAGAAUACAGCUGCAGAUCUACAAAUGAAAUAAGAAAACAAAUGAACAAAAUAGUAUAACACUGUAUGACUUAAAUAGUAAUAGUAACUUAAAACUGACGCUGGACGUCCUCACGCUCUGCAUGAAGACAUCCAGCAUCACUCAAAACCCCAUAUAAAAGCAUUAUAGAAUGCUUUGCUAUGGGGGAAAAUCUAAUGAGAGCACGGCUAUCGCCACUCGUGUGUGUGUGUGUGUGUUAGGUCCAGCUGACGUUAACAGAGGAGGAGUGGAGCCUGAAUCCGCACCGAUGGACAUCAGCGCUGGAAUCAACUUACUGAUUUAACCUCUUCAACACCAUGUGGGGCUAGAGGGAGGGGAGCACUAUAGGGUGCUAUAGUGCUAGGAAAAUAACUUUUUUUUUUCUAGCAAUAUAGGUUCCCUUAAAGGGACACUAUAGUCACCUGAACAACUUUAGCUUAAUGAAGCAGUUUUGGUGUAUAGAACAUGCCCUGCAGCCUCACUGCUCAAUCCUCUGCCAUUUAGGAGUUAAAUCCCUUUGUUUAUGAACCCUAGUCACACCUCCCUGCAUGUGACUUGCACAGCCUUCCAUAAACACUUCCUGUAAAGAGAGCCCUAUUUAGGCUUUCUUUAUUUCAAGUUCUGUUUAAUUAAGAUUUUCUUAUCCCCUGCUAUGUUAAUAGCUUGCUAGACCCUGCAAGAGCCUCCUGUAUGUGAUUAAAGUUCAAUUUAGAGAUUGAGAUACAAUUAUUUAAGGUAAAUUACAUCUGUUUGAAAGUGAAACCAGUUUUUGUUUUUCAUGCAGGCUCUGUCAAUCAUAGCCAGGGGAGGUGUGGCUAGGGCUGCAUAAACAGAAACAAAGUGAUUGAACUCCUAAAUGACAGUGAAUUGAGCAGUGAAAUUGCAGGGGAAUGAUCUAUACACUAAAACUGCUUUAUUUAGCUAAAGUAAUUUAGGUGAAUAUAGUGUUCCUUUAAAGGCAUACUGUGCGUGGUACAUUACACAUCCCCCUCUUUAUCCAAUCUCAUCCAGGUCCUUAUUUGGUAACAAAUGCAGGGGAAUAAAUUGAACCAGGUUCAGAGUAAAGAUAUAACAUUGAAAAUAAAAGACUUUUUUCUUCUAACAGUGCCCUGUGGAUUUACUAGACACAGUGCAUUUCUCAUCCACAUCGUCCUUCCUGGGCCGAGCAAUUUUUUUUAAUAGGUUUACCUGGCACAGGCACAGAAUGAGUGAUUUUUUUUUUUGUUUGUUAGACAUUCCAUUGCAUAUUACAUGAUUUGCACUCCACCCAACAUGUUACUUUAUUGAUAGUAUAACUCUAUUGGUAUUUCCUGAAAAUAUCCCCUGAAAGAGAUCAUUCAGAGCAGUUAACUAGUAUGAUACUUUUUAGACAUAUCGGCUUUCAUAUCCGCUAAGACAGUUGCAAAAAAAAAUUAACUAGAUCUUUUUUGGCGGGAGUAAUUUGCUAUCUUUUUAAAUGAACUUCGUAACUCAUAACGGAUCACACUGCGUUCAAAACGUUGGAAUGUGACCGAUUACAGGGUGAGAGAAAUAUUGCCAUCGCAUAUAAUUAGAGGUACAUUUUUAACUGUAUAAUCCCUUUGCAAUUAUCAGUCAACCUUGUCAUGAACAAAUUAAUAAUCCUUAGUUAUAAUACAGUUAUAAAUCAGAGUUUUAUUCUGUUGCGCAACAAUGAAUUCUGCAAUUUGAAAUGCACAGUGAAAUACUAGACUUAUACGAUAGACUCUAGACACUGUAAACUUUUUGUCUAAUAAAAAAAAGGGAACAAAACAUGCCGAGUGGUGUAAAUUGAUGAAAUAUGCCGUUUACCCAGCUUCACCUCUGUAGCGUCGGGUGGGUGUUAGUGAGUAAAAGCCUCUUGCUGCUAUAAACCGCGAAAACACAUCACUUUUUAUUUAUUUUAAUUUUUUUAAAGUCAAAUUCACAGACUCUAGAAUCCCCUAAUCAAUUAAAGAAAAACUUAUUUUACUCAAAGAGGGAAGCCGUAAGUGAAUGGCUGAAGGUAACCAAGGCGAGCUGUUUGCUUCACACUGACUGAAUCAAUUCUAAUGUUGAAAAAAUAGCAUAUAUUUUAGAAAGUACAUGGCCCCUCAAACCUUGUGAUCUUUAUUAACUGUCGAAUAUAUUUAGAAAACAUUUGAUCCAUUGGUUCUGACUUUUAGAAGUGUGCUGUUCACAGCAUCCAUUGUAUUGUUUUCCACAAGCAGUUCUGACUCAAUUGCUCUUUUGAUAUGCAAUAUGUUUUCGAUUGUGAAAGGUAUUCUGGUGGUAUAAAGAGAACAGGUUUGCAGGUGAUGCUCAACUAGAACCCAGCAAGGUAUAUUAUACUGCAAAAUUUUAAAGUUUUAGUCCAACCAUCCUGACCAAUUCUGCUUUUAGAAGUGGUCAUGUUGGUAUGCGUUUCUGCUUGAAUCAAUGCACAUGCAGAGAUAAUUAUGCCAGGGGCUAGUUAUACCGCCAGAACACGGAUGCAAAUGCACUCUGAGCCGGUGAAAUGGUCCAAUGAAAUGCAUUUGAUUGGAUUUCAUGAGGAAGGAGUGAUGUCACCCAGCGUGUGGAAACGAGGCAAGCAGGACCUCGCCUGGCACUCGAUUCAAGGUAAGUUUUAAUAUUUAAUAAGGUUCUAAAAUAAAAUAAGCGCAGUUGUGCCCAAAAGGGUAUAAUAAAAAACAAAACUCAUUAUGGCAAAUAAGGUUAUAGUAACCCUGUAAACCUUCCUCUACUCUACAUAAUUUGUAUUUUUGUCUUAAUUCAGAUUGAUACAUUUCUGGCCUGUGCUGUCAGUGAUACAUUUGUUUUUCAGUGAAUUAAUCAAUAAGAGUGUGUAAUACCCAUUGGAGAGGCCUAUCCUGGUUGAAUGUAUUCUGGGGAUAAUUAGACUUGGCCGAAUGUUUUGGACAUCUAUGGUCAUGUGACUAUCUGUCACAGCUAUCUGUUGCUGUACAAGAUGUCUUCAUUGGAAUACUGCUUUCUGUGUACUUGCAAAGAUCAACAGCUAAAAUAUAGAAUUCUGAGUUACGAAUGAUGUAAAACGGUGUUUUUGAAGAUAUUUUCCAUAAUAGAGGUGUUGAAUGUGGGCAUUGCUUCUGACAGAAAGAUAAGUUCAUUGAUUUAAGAAUGGGUUUACAAACACUGAUUGAGAAUUUGGUUUGUACACUAAACAGGGAAUUGCAAAAUAAUUUAAAUUCACUUUGCAUUCCCAACAGCUUUUUUCACUUUUAGUGAAUAACGAUGAGUUAAAGGAACUUUCUAACAUUAGAAAUACAAGCACUUUCACAUAGUAUUUUCACUCUAGGCUGUGAUCAUUGUUUAGAGCAGGGGUCCUCAAACUCCGACCCCCCCAGAUGUUGCUGAACUACAACUCCCUUGAUUCUCUGGCUAUCUAUGUAAUUCAAAGAAUCAUGGGAGUUGUAGUUCAGCAACAUCUGGGGGCCCGGAGUUUGCUGACCCCUGGUUUAGAGCAUAUGAGUUCCAUACAGGCUUAAAGAGACACUAAAGGCUCCAUAACCACUUCAAUUAACUGAAAUGGUUAUGAUGCCCCGAAGCCACUAGCAUUAAUUAUGGGACCCUUAGAAACAUAGAAUGUGACGGCAGAUAAGAACCAUUCGGCCCAUCUAGUCUGCCCAAUUUUCUAAAUACUUUCAUUAGUCCCUAGUCUUAUCUUAUAGUUAGGAUAGCCUUAUGCCUAUCCCACGCAUGCUUAAACUCCUUUACUGUGUUAACCUCUACCACUUGAGCUGGAAGGCUAUUCCAUGCAUCCACUACCCUCUCAGUAAAGUAAUACUUCCUGAUAUUAUUUUUAAACCUUUGUCCCUCUAAUUUAAGACUAUGUCCUCUUGUUGUGGUAGUUUUUCUUCUUUUAAAUAUAGUCUCCUCCUUUACUGUGUUGAUUCCCUUUAUAUAUUUAAAUGUUUCUAUCAUAUCCCCCCUGUCUCGUCUUUCCUCCAAGCUAUACAUGUUAAGAUCCUUUAACCUUUCCUGGUAAGUUUUAUCCCGCAAUCCAUGAACCAGUUUAGUAGCCCUUCUCUGAACCCUCUCUAAGGUAUCAAUAUCCUUCUGAAGAUACGGUCUCCAGUACUGUGUACAAUACUCCAAGUGAGGUCUCACCAGUGUUCUGUACAAUGGCAUGAGCACUUCCCUCUUUCUACUGCUAAUACCUCACCCUAUACAACCAAGCAUUCUGCUAGCAUUUCCUGCUGCUCUAUUACAUUGUCUGCCUACCUUUAAGUCAUCAGAAAUAAUCACCCCUAAAUCCCUUUCCUCAUAUGUUGAGGUUAGGACUCUAUCAAAUAUUCUGUACUCUGCCCUUGGGUUUUUACGUCCAAGAUGCAUUAUCUUGCACUUAUCCACAUUAAAUGUCAGUUGCCACAAUUCUGACCAUUUUUCUAGUUUACAUAAAUCAUUUGUCAUUUGGCUUAUCCCUCCUGGAACAUCAACCCUGUUACAUAUCUUAGUAUCAUCAGCAAAAAGACAUACCUUACCAUCAAGACCUUCUGCAAUAUCACUAAUAAAAAUAUUAAAGAGAAUGGGUCCAAGUACAGAUCCCUGAGGUACCCCACUGGUGACAAGUCCAAGCUUCAAAUAUAUUCCAUUAACUACAACCCUCUGUUGCCUGUCACUCAGCCACUGCCUUACCCAUUCAACAAUAUUUGAAUCCAAACUUAAAGAUUGCAGUUUAUUGAUAAGCCUUCUAUGUGCAACAGUGUCAAAAGCCUUACUGAAAUCUAGGUAAGCAAUGUCUACUGCACCACCCUGAUCUAUAAUUUUAGUUACCCAAUCAAAAAAUCAAUAAGAUUAGUUUGGCAUGAUCUCCCUGAAGUAAACCCAUGUUGUCUCUGAUCUUGAAAUCCAUGUGUUUUUAGAUGUUCAUCAAUCCUAUCCUUUAACAUGGUUUCCAUCACUUUCCCCACUACUGAAGUAAGGCUUACUGGCCUAUAGUUGCCCGACUCCUCCCUAUUACCUUUCCUGUAAAUAGGCACAACAUUCGCUAACUUCCAAUCUUCUGGGACUACUCCUGUUAACAAUGAUUGGUUAAAUAAAUGUGUUAAUGGUUUUGCUAGUACACUGGACACUGCACUGGUAAUCUUCUGCCAGGAUGCCGACGUGCUGUGGUUGCUAUGGCAUUGCCAGAGAGCCGGGGAGUGCCUGUUGAAGGUCUCUCCUGUGAGUCAGUACUUUGAUAUUUAGGUUUAUGCUGAAGAAUGAAAUGACCAGAUGGGAGGUAGACCUAUUUUUAAAUACAUUUUUCUCUCAAUCUAUACCUUUGCACAAUGUAUAGAUGGAAUGCAUGCUCUUAAAAAUGAACACAAGAUGUGUGUACCAUAACUGGUACACUGUAACACUGAACCAUGAGCUAGAGUCAGGGAACUCUAGAUACCAUAACCACAUUAAUUAGAUGAAGUGGUUAUGGUGUCUACAGUGUCCCUUUAAGAAUUUUGCUUUUCUGCUACAGGAGUUAAAAAUGUUUUCUUUUUACAAUAACAAUACAUUUUCCACUGGUUGUUAAUGGUGGUAGAAUGCAUACAUUCCUUUUGUAAAUGUAGAAUAAUUGUCCUAUUGUGCUUUACUACUAACUAACCUCACUGAGCUAUAUAAACAUAAGUUUAUCUUUACGCCAUAGUUUAGAUUUCUGCUUUUUUCUGCAUUCUUCUAUUAUUCUCCUGAGAAUUGAAUGGAAAGUGGUUUAUCCUAUAUCACAUUUUUACCACGUUUUUUUUGUUGUUCCUCCCAUUGAAGCAAAGCUGUUAGCCGGAAUCAGAUCUAAUGACUCAUAUCAAGUUCCCUUUCUGCUAUGAGGUUAUUCAAUAAACAAGGAAUUGUCGGGAAUGGUCCAGAGAACUUUUCCAGUGUCCAAAGUUCUAUCUGCAACACCAACCUAUGGGUAUUGCCUGUAAAACCAGCAAGGUGCUCUGUGUAUGUAGUGCCUUUUCAUCCCAAGAAAAGGGGGGCAUAAAAUGAAAAAUGUGCCCUGAAAGAUUAUUACAGCGAUUAUUACAGGGCUAGGAACAAAUUUAUAAAUGCCAAAUCCAUUCAAUUCAACAAUCCUGUCUAUGUACCAUAUGCACAUAACACCUUAUUUUCAAAAUCCAUUAUAUUGAGUAAGGUAUGUAUUUACCAAUGUUGUCUCUGUACUUCUGUUAGCUUUUAGUCCACAGAAAUAAAUCAAUUACUAUCUGCUCAAAACAUGGGAUGUAGAAUCCAGGACUGACUAAAACCUAGAUUCUCAGCUGGAACCCCAGAAUUAUAACACCCACAAUGCUUUGCCACCAGUCUGCUUUGCAGAGCGUCUCAAACAGCUGUCACUAACCCUUUGAUAUAUGUAUUAAAAUUCAUACUGACUAAAUAUAAUAUAGGAUAGGCUCUAAAAAAGGAUUUGCCAAAAGUUACAUCAGUUACACAGCUGUCUGCAAUUCCAAUCGCAAUUACUCACUACAAGAGAUUGAUUUUGGCAUAAAGUCAGAUUAUGGCACCUUCUUAUUCAGGGUGAGAGCCUUAAAGGACCACUAUAGUGCCAGGAAAACAUACUCGUUUUCCUGGCACUAUAGUGCCCUGAGGGUGCCCCCACCCUCAGGGACCCCCUCCCGCCCGGCUCUGGAAGGGGGAAAGGAGUAAUAACUUACCUUUUUCCAGCGCUGGGUGGAGAGCUCUCCUCCUCCUCUCCGCCUCCGACGCCCGCCGGCUGAAUGCGCACGCGGCAAGAGCUGCGCGCGCAUUCAGCCGUCGCAUAGGAAUUUACAAUGCUUUCCUAUGGACGCUGCUCUCACUGUGAAAAUCACAGUGAGAAGCAAGCGCCUAGUGGCUGUCAAUGAGACAGCUACUAGAGGAUUAGGGGGAAGGCUUAACCCAUUCAUAAUUAUAGCAGUUUCUCUGAAACUGCUAUAAUUAUGAAAAAAUGGGUUAACCCUAGAAGGACCUGGCACCCAGACCACUUCAUUAAGCUGAAGUGGUCUGGGUGCCUAGAGUGGUCCUUUAAAGUGCAUUGUACCUGAAUCUAAAAUAAAAUCUUUAUGAAAUACUCAUACUGACUGUGUUGGCAUGUCACUGGAUUUCCAACCAAGUCAAAAGUUACACUGAGACAACAUAGGAACUAUUUUGUCUCAGUAUAUUUCCUGCGCCUUACACUUGAAGGCUGCAGAGAUAUUAGCUGUGUCUAUGGAGGGUCUCAACAGUCCUCAGUGCUGUACUGUAGCACAUGCACGAUAGUACAGCAGUCAUGUCAGCUCCUGGCAAGGAGCAAAAUGGCGGCACCCACGAGGGACUAGUUCAUGUAACUAAACCUCACUUUUCCCUCGGGCCACCAGCGCAAUGUCACCUUCAGGGGUGUUUGCAAACUAUGCAAAGUCCCCAGGCGGCGACAGUUCUGCUUUAAGGCUUGAUUGAGAAUAAUGCCAAAACUUAAUUGCUAAUUUAUAUGACAUAAACUAAUUGCUAAUUUUGGAAUUCAUUCAUCAAACUUUGUGAGCGCUAGAAAAACUGAACAAUAAGAUUGGGUCCCCUUAAAAAGAGUGCCUGAUCUACAGAGGGACCUUUUGAGACAUGUGUUUGGUCUCUGUGUUACUGGGCAACUGUUUAUUGUCCCUAAACAGAAAAGUUGGUCUCUAAUUAUACAAUGUAUCAUUUAAAAAGCUGAGGAUUCUAGAAUAUAUUAAAUGCUUUUUUAUUAUUAUUAUUAUUAUAGAAAUACAUUUAAUGUGGAUUUAUUGCAGGGUUGAGUAAACAUAAAACAUGAAUUUGAUUUGCACCUUAGCUAUAAAAAUACAUAGACAUGAACAGUGCAGAACAAAGGUAUUAUUUAAGAAGCAGGAGUAGCACACAUCUGCCCAAAGCAACUAAACCGGUUUUAAGCAAACAUGUGCUCACAUACUUGAAAUAAUAGAAACUGCAAAAUAAUAUCUUUUAAAUAUGUCACAUGUGAACCUGAAAAAUGAAAACAAUCCUAUAAUAUUCUGUUAAAGCACAUCUUCUUUUCCUUUGGGCUGACCAAUAGGGGUAACAAGGGCCAUAUGAAGAUAUUGUAGCGGGGUAGAUAUCCACGAUAUCUCCACUGGUAGUCGUAGUCCGCAUACAAAUCUAAGGUAGCCUAAUAAUCCCAAUCCCAUUUCCCAACAACUGGACGACACACAGUUUGGGAGUCAACUGAGCUUUUAUUGAACCACAGACGGUUUUAUACAAAUCCCCAUGCAAGGGGUUUCCUUAGUGACAUUCCAGGGGUUUUCCCCUGGUGGACUGUGUGGAAAGCUUUGUGUACAAUAACAUUUCCCAUCAUCCUUUUCUGUAUUGGAGAAAUAAUUGCGUAAGAGUGCACCUUUAAUUACAUUAUCUCUCCGUACAGAAAAUCACACAAUAUUGUUUAAAAAUACAUAAUUCGUAAAAUAUCUAUCUGAAUUUCAUGAAUUCCCUUCACUGAAUAGCUGGGAUCUCAGCGCAUAAUCUGUCAAAUUACCGCUCAGAUCCGUUUGUUGGAUUAGAAAAGCCAUUCGAAUGAAGUUCUGGACCGUCUGCCACGAGACGCAGGCCCCAAAAUAGUGCCAGGCAAUUGCAGGCUUUGACCGGUCUUCUUUCGGGAGUUCAUUUGAAUUAGCGAAUGAAAAUACACAUUAAUAUACUGCAUAGUUGUGUGUAGGAAGGUCGUGGGUUUCAAAUAGCCUUUUAGACGAACGGGUCUAUCUGCACGAAUGGCAUGGAAGUCCAGCGGUGUUCGCGAGGUCGAGUAGCCGAUUUUAGUUCCAUUCACUCGACGACCAAACACCGCUGGGCAUUCGUGCGCAAAGAUGGCCGCCGCAACGUGUUCGUUCAUACGAAUGACGACCACCCAUUAAACCAUUAGGGUUUUGCGGUUUUCACUAUGUUGCCAGUUGUUAAUUGGAGACACACGACUCCCUUGUGUGGUCCUCCAUUCGGCAGUUUAUUCAUUUUUACGAACAGUACAUCCUUAUUCUGUUCGUGAAGUUAACAUACGAAUGCACAUAGUUUUUACACGGGAGAAAUAGAAGAAUAAACCCAGUUCUUGCACAAUGAAGUGGCUAGGUUUGCCACAGAUAUCCCCCCAGGUAUGAUAAUGGAAUAAUGGGGGGAAACACUACAUUGAGAACAGGCCUGAGUCAGGAACAAGCCAGAUCGGCAAUAGUAUCAAACAGGAAUGUAUAAGGCUAUACCAGGUUAUCAACUGGUUGGCCAGACUGCAAAGGAAAAUUCAUCCUGCAGGCGCCACACAAUUUAAAGGGACGCUCUAGACCCCUAAAUGCACUUUAGCUUGCUGUAUUGCAAGCAUGUCAAACUCAAAGUCUAGCAUUGGCCAAAUAAACAAGGUUUAAAUUUAUGUCGGACGAAAACCCCCCACAGAAAAAAUUAAAUAUUCAUAGAAACGUAGGUUUAUUUUGAAAAGCACAGUAUAAAAACAACAACAACAUACCCCUCUACUACACCCUGUUCCAAAUUAUUAUGCAAAUUAUAUUUUUCUCAUUUACCUAAAUAAUUGAUGUAAAUAACAGUCAGCAUAAUUCUCAUGUUAUCAAUUAACAGUAUUUUUUUUAAACAUAAAAAACUUACAAUGCACUGUUCCAAAUUAUUACGCACAGUAAGUUUCAAAACACUUUAUAGGUUGUAAAGAACUGAAAAUUGUAAUUUGUUGUGUUUGCAGCAUAUUUACUGAAUCAAAAGCUAUUUCAAUCAAACUUAUAACAACAUUUUAACUUUUUAAACAUUUUAACAGGUCACAUUACAUUUUAACAUAGGACCCCUUAUUUGAUAGCAGCUUCACAAGUCUUGCAUGCAUUGAACUUGUGUGUUUUCUGGACAGUUUCUGCUUGAAUUUGUUUGCAAGAUGUCAGAAUAGCCUCUCAGAGCUGCUGUUUGGAUGUAAACUGCCUCCCACCCUCAUAGAUCUUUUGCUUGAGGAUGCUCCAAAGCUUCUCAAUAGGAUUGAGGUCAGGGGAGGAUGGAGGCCACAUCAUGACUUUCUCUCCAUUUAUCCCCAUAGCAGCCAUUGAUGCAGAGGUAUUCUUUGCAGUAUGAGAUGGUGCAUUGUCAUGCAUGAAGAUGAUUUUAUUACGGAAAGCAUAGUUCUUCCUUCUGUACCAGGGAAGAAAGUUGUCAGUCAGAAACUCCACAUACUUUGCAGAGGUCAUCUUUACACCUUCGGGGACCCUAAAGGGGUCCAGCUCUCUUCCCAUGAUUCCGGCCCAAAACACGACUCCACCACCGCCUUGCUGACGUCGCAGCCUUGUUGGAACAGGGUGGCCGUCCACCAACCAUCCACUACUGGACCAUCUGGACCAUCCAGGGUUGCACGGCACUCAUCAGUGAACAGGACUUCAUGUACAAGUCUUCAUGUAUUUUUCUGCCCAAUGCAGCCGUUUCUGUUUGUGAGCAUUGGUUAGUGGUGGCCGAAUAGAAGGUUUAUGCACAGUUGCAAGACUCUGGGGGACUCUACACCUUGAUCUCCGUGGGACUCCAGAGGCACCAGCAGCUUCAAAUAUCUUUUUGGCGCUAUGUAAUAGUAUUUUAGCAGCUGCUCUCUUGAUCCGAUGCAUGGAUCUGGCAUAAAUCUUCCUCAAUGUUCCUUAUCUGCACAAACCCAUCUGUGCUCUGAAUCAGCCACAUAUCUCUUAAUAGUGCGAUGAUCAUGCUUAAGUUUUCGUGAAAUAUCUAAUGUUUUCAUGCCUCGUCCAAGGCAUUGAACUAUUUCACUCUUUUCGGCAGCAGAGAGAUCCUUUUUCUUCCCCAUAUUGCAUGAAAAUGGUGCUUUGCUUAAUAAUGUGGAACACCCUCCUUUAGUAGUUUUUCCUUAAAUUGGGCUCACCUGGCAAUCUAAUUAUCACAGUUGUCCGAGAUUGUUUUCAGUGUUCAAAGGAGCCCUGAGACACAAUGCCAUCCAUGAGUUAAACUGAAAAACAAAAUAUUUUUUUUUUUUUUUUUAAUUCUUUAUUUUUGUGGGUAUACGAGAGUUAAACACGUAGUACAUUAUAUGCAAAACGAAAGUGAAAUAACAUGUACAAAAAUACAUUUAAGAUAGUCUUCAUAUAACAUUCGUAUCUGCAUAGAAACUUUGCAACCCAAUUUUUUUUAUAGGUAAAGCCCUGCGUAUCUCCCUCGUGUUAGUGGCUACUAAGGCGUAUGGCUACCCUGAGGGGCUAGUGUACAGCUUUAUGUGCUCUGCUUAGGAAUGUUGGGGCUGUAGGCGCAGCCUGGGCACUUGUAUUAUUAGGUGAGGGAGUGUGGUUAUGAUGGCCGUUGGCCGUUGAUAGGAAUGGUGCAGGACCUCGCAAGUCUCCCAGUAGGGCGCUUGUACCCAGAGUGUCGGGCCUCUGCAUUUGCUGUGUGUUAGGGGAGGGGGAGGUCUGCUUAACCAAGAUCAGUGGGAGUCUGCUUACGGAGCCAGAGAUUUAGAUAUAUCUGUUGCCUUGUAUUCUUCAUAAACUUAAAAACAAACAAAAAAUAAACUUUUAAGACCUUAGAGAACUUAAGAAACUGGUGAGCGAAAAGACUAGGUAAGUAUAGCAUAUGAAAGAUGUCCAAUUUAUAGUCCUGCAGUAAGGGACCUAUCAGACAUUUCACAGGUGCACUUGCAUGUGCGGUCGCAUUUCUCAUGUUAAAGGGUCCGUCGUCUUCGGCUCAGUUCUUCUGGGCACAAAGGGAGUGAUAUCGUCGACAUUCCACGCAGGGUUGGCCCUUGUCGCUGCCGUAGGAAGCGAGAGUCCCAGUAACUGGAGAAACUUAGGCGCUUCAGAUAUGUGUGUCAAGUGGGCCGUCUUACCGGCUUGCUCUACGGUUAAACGAUGAGGGCCCCAUUUAUAGGGGAUAGAGUUCUCGCCCAGUAGCAAGGUGAUGUGGCGGAGAGACCUGCGCCAGGUGAGAGUGUGCUUUGAGAAGUCUCUGUAUAGGGUCAAACUUGCUCCCUCAAACAUGAUGGUGGGAGAGCCUCUCGCGGCUCCCAUGAGAGCCCCCCGGUCCGAGUCCCGGACAAAUUUAAUUAACACAUCCCUCGGUGCUUCUUGGGGCGCUUUGAGUGCCUUGGGGAGGCGAAAGCAGGUGUCGAUCCCUAUCUGCUUCGCUUGUUUGGGAGUCAGUAAGGUUGCCACCAGCCUCCUACAAUAGUGUGGUAGUUCCAGGUUUCCCGCCGAUUCCGGCACUCCCCGGAUUCGCAGGUUUCGGGCUCUAGUUUUGUCUUCCAUGCCCGCUAAUUGAGCGGUCAGCGCCGCACAUUGUUUUUGCAACUGUCCCAGGGCAGCGUCUGUCGCCGCUUGUGCUACUCUCGCGCCCCCGAGGGACUCUUCAACGGAAACCACCCGGCCUGCAAGUGUGGAGACCUCCCCUCGGACAAGUGCCAUGUCGGCAUCAAACAUCGCUUUGAUGUUUACCAUCAGUGCCUUGAUGUCGGCCUUCGUGGCGGAUGCUGCGUCGUCCAAUUCUUUAGGCUGCUGGGGUGCAAUAUGCACCUUGUUGGGAACAUGGAAGGAAUCGAGUGCGCUGUCAUCGUCGGAUGACUGUGUGUCGAAGGCCUCUAUCGGCGCCAUCUUGCCAGGUACGUGCAGCUGCGUAGGGCGCAUAAAAGUGCCUAUAUCUUUGGAUCCCGAGCCAGGAUCUGCUCUGCACUUCUUCGUUUUCUUCCCCAUAGUGUGGAGUGUCUUGGGGAUCUGUUUGUCGGGUCCCCGAGGCGGUUUUUGUCGCUUGGAUAUCCCUUUUCUGGGUCUCACGCUCGGAGCUGUGGUGAGUUGCGACUUGCUCGUUUAGGCGCUGGCUCCGCCCCCCCGAAAAACAAAAUAUUUAAUCUUUGUGACACUUAAAUAGAAUUUGCAUAAUCAUAUGGAACAGGGUGUAAAUCACAGCAUCCCCCUCUACUAAAUCCCAGUCAUCCCCCUAUACUAAAUCUCAGCCCCUCCCCCCCUCUACUAAAUCCCAGCACCCCCCUCUAUUCAACAAGCAGACUCUACUCACAUUGCCGCUGCCAGUAUGCGACUCCGGAGUCCAGCCUCUGGUAUACCCCAAAUGGCGCUGUCCGCACCCAGUGCCAUAGCGAAUCCUCCUUUUACUUCUUGAAACCCUGUGAAGGUGGAGCACGUCGACGUCAUGUUGGAAUGUGACGUGGCAUUGCAUGCCUCCAGGUCCUCCCCUGUGCAGCCGCGGACUAACCGACAGACACACACAUUCACUGACAUACACUGACAAACACACACACACACACACUCACUGACAGACACACUCACUCACUCACUGAUAGACAGACACACACACACACAUUUAAACAUUCUUGCACACACUCACAUUAUUCCCGGGGGUCCAGUAGGGAUCUUCUAUCUGGAGAUCUUCUUGCUCUUCACUGCUCCCUCGCACAGAGUUUAGUGAUGCCGAAAUUAUGUCAUAUUCCGGUACCCGGCAUCACUACAGGCGGCGCGCGACUGAGCAGUGAGAAGUAGGAAGACUGAGCUCCUCCAGCGACCUCUCAGAGUCCUGGACAGGUAAAUUUUAGUAGAGUAGGCACCUGCAAUGUACUAAGCGUGUACUCGCUGCUCGGAGGGCCGCAAAGAUGUUCAUUGUGGGCCGUGAGUUUGACAUGCUUGCUGUAAUGCUUUAUGUUUUUUUGUUGUUUUUGUUUUUUUACAUAAAGUGCAGACUUUAACAGAAUUUGGCUCUUUAAAAAUUAAAGGGACACUAUAGGCAUCUCAUUAAAGAGGUCUGGGGGCGGUGUCCCUGUUCCACUUAGUCCUGCCAUGUAAAUCAUUGCAGUUUAAAAAACAAACAAAAAAAAAAACACUGGACGUCCCCACGCUCUGCUAGUGAUAGUGAACAAAAGAAAUGGAAUGUUGAAUUCUUUAUAGAUAUCUGCUGUAAUUGUUGCAUUGAAAGACUAAUACAUUGUAAAGGGCAAGUGCAAAAAACGUGAAUAGAGACCCCCUAAUUUGUAGCCCAUGGUGUCUUACUAUUUAUUUUCUCAGUGAAAGAAUUGAUGACUUUCUAAUGUAGAAUCAUUGAUCCAUGGCUCGCCCUCUGUUACUAUUUGAAAUAUGUGUUUGAUUCAGGCUAGAAAGGCUGUCAUACACACGCAGCAAAGCAGAGAAAUAUGUGCUGGAUAUUUUUGCAAGUCUGCUUGUGCCUCCAUUUUUUGGUGAGUCUUUAUGGUUUUAUUUGUGUUUGCUAUGAAUUUCACUGGAUUGUGCAUCAAAUAAACCAGCACUUUCUAUGGAGAACUCCAUGUGACAUUGCAACUUCAGAGUGAGUUUGGUUUGCCUGCCAUUUGUAGUUUGUAUUUGCUCUCCUGAUUUGGAAAAGCUGAAAAGUGAGACAUGACCUCAUACUCUAGUCCUUCAAAAAGACACUCCACUUCCCAAAUCCAUUAAAAAAUAAAUAAAUAAAUACGGAUCACGGUUUACUAGAUAUACCCCAAAUGCAAACAUGCAUGCAUUUAAUUAUGCAUUUUUUCAUUGGAGGUAUAUCUAUAAGCAGCUUAUAAAAGCUGCAGAUCUCUUAUCUGCAGCAUUUGCAAACCUUCCUCCUUCUAACAUCGUCCAGACUUUCUGUGGCUGUCCAAUCACAGACUUCCCAAUGCAGCUCAAUGAGAAGUCUUUGCAAAGGCAGAUGCUCUGAGCAAUUGCUGCAUCCUGAGUUUAGCUCUACUGAGCUAAACAACCAGGAAGUAACCGGACCGAUUGUCUGAUUGUCAGUCAGGGGGUGUAACAAGGUACAUUUUUUUAAAAGUGCCAAUUUCUAUUAAAAUGUGCACUUUUUGUGAAAUGAUUACUUAAUAUUCACACAUGAAGCUUUUCAGCAAGCUGAAUUGAAUUCAAAAUGUCCCUUUUAGGUGUUUGUUUUAUUGUUAUAUUCGUUUACACUGAGGUUACAUAGACGACUACGUCCAUUGGGAAAUGUCCCCUGUAUCAACCUGCUCAUGCUGACCUGGCUGUCUGAAAAUGCAGAUUUAUAUAUUUUAUUUUCAUCUUUUUGCUGAGUGUAGUAGUUUUAAUGUUGUAAAAUGCAUUUUCAUAUGUAGUCCUACUUUCUGUAUCAGCACUUCUUAUACACAAAUAAUUCUCUGCUUGGAAUUGUGGGAAUUUUUUAACUUCUAAUCCUAUAUGCUUCAAGUAAUUUUUUUUACUUUACCUACGUGAAUUUGUAGUAAUUUGGCCUACUAAUAUUUUGUAUGUUUGUGUGAGCCUGAAAAUGUUUAAAAAGCCAUGGAACCCGAAAAAUGUAUUCAUUGAAUUAUUCAUUAUAUCAAUCAGCUACCAGCAGUGUGCACUAAAUAGCUGAUGUUUUAGACAUAUAUAGAUUUAAAAACAUUUAAACAAGUGUUAAUCAUACAAGGUAUGCAUGCUGAAAUCCGUAAAAAAAAUUAUGUUUAGCUUUGAGCAGAGGAGGAAUAGGAGCUACAUGAUACAAACUUGUAGAAGUGAAAUAUUCUGUAGAAAGAGUAAAAAAAACAAAAGCUCAUAAUCUGGUACUGAGACCUAAAAAUAUGUGGGCACUUUUUGUUGAAAGUGGUAGUAUUGUGAUAACCAACCUACAGAAUGUACCUACCCGAUCAACAUGCUGUUCUGGCACCUCUGAUCAUGUCGAUCAGGAGGCCAUGGCUUCCGGACACGCUCCUACAGUUCUGUCUACACCUCCGAGGAUUCCAUUUUGGUUUCCGCGUUCUUAUUUCGUUUAUUCUGAUUUCCUUGUAUUGACCAUGGCUUGUAAAUACAAGGUCUAUGUUUUUCUAUAUUCCUGACCUUGGCUUGUCUACUCGAUUCUCCGUACCUCGGUUUAUUACCGUUUACGAAUAUUCUCCAUACCUUGCGUUCAGCUCGGCCAUUCUAAGGACCUGUAAUACACUUUAUACUUUGUUUAACUAUUGAUCCAAGUGCUGCGUGUUGGGGUAUUGGUUCCUGACACAAGCUAAGUUAAAGAAGGCCUGCAUUGGACACAUUGUUUUCCUAAAUAUUAAUAAAACAUCAAGAAUAAACCAUGCGAUUUUAUAUUGGAAUUUGGCAGACUAUAUCAAUAAAGCUCACCUCUUGUUCUCUAAAUGGAUUGAAUGAAGUCAUUAAACAUGAAGGAUUUUAGGACAAUUGGAGCGUGACUACAGCAAACAUUGUUAUUCAGCAGCUGCACAGGUGUGUAAGGUGUUUCAUUAUAUAAUAAAAAAAGGUUUUUACUAGACUGAUGAAAAUCUAGUUUUUUUCCUUUCUUAUAUAAAAAUUAUCUUACUUUUCAUAUACAGUGCUAGGUUUAAUUAAGAAUAAUAAGAUUAUAAGAGGAAUGGAAGAUCUUGGUUAUGGAGAAAGGCUAGAAACAUUCUGUCACAGACGGGAUUUGAUAAAAUAUUACAAAUAUAUAUUGGAAUGAGACAAGCAACUGACUAUACAGGGAGCUAUCAAUAUUUGAGAAAAGGAGAUUUUCAGUAAAAAAGAUCACAGCAAAACCUUUACAAUUCUUUUUUUAGUUCAUUAGAUGUAGUUUAAAAUGAGCAAGAUUUAAAAAAAUAAAAAAUCAUUCAGUCGUUUAAAUCAUCAACAAACGGUUCAUGUGAAAAUUUGAACUUGAUGGAGUGAGGCUUUUUUUUCCAGCCUGAAUUUCUAUGUUAAAAUGGGUCAGUUUGCUGUUCUAUACUGUCAAAAUCUAUGUUUCUAUGAUAAAUAAAAUAUGUGAAAUAUAUAUUAUUUACAGUAAUCAUUGCCUGUCACUAGACAGCCAUUGCUUUUGUAAACAGAACCAUUAUAAGUGGAGUAUCUACAUUCUAAACACCAGUACAGAACGGAAAUAGUUCUUGUUGCUAUGUGGAAAUUAGCUGUUGCCAUGGGAAUAUGAGGUUUGUAUGUAUUGCGCUAGUUAGUGGAGUAAUCCAAUUACAAAAAAAUAAAAAGAAGAUAUGAAAUGAAAGAAGAAACCUUUCUUUGUAUAUGUGUCUGAUAAACAUAAGAACAGCUAUUUCUUUGCAGAUACUAAUUUUAGUUUUUCUCCUAAAAGCAAAGCAAAAUUUUUAUAAAUAUUAUGAGAGCUAUGAUUAAAGUACAAGAAAGCGGUUUGCGCACUAUAACCACUACAGUUCACUAUAGUCGUUAUGAUGUUGUAAGGCAAUGUGUGCCAUUCACCUGGUUUAUAUUAAAACUGUUUUGGAGCUUUUUCGUUUAAUCGAUGGCUCUCUCUUACACUCAAAACCAGCCCCUCUGUAGCUGCUCACAUAAUGGGAUUUUUUUGCAUUAUACAUUAAAAAAAUUAAAACUGUUCAAAUUUGGAUGGAAUUGAUAGGAUGAGAAGUUGGAUGGGUAAUGUCUUAAACAUUUGGAUGACCCUCCUUUUUUUGCAAAUCUACAGGCUUUAUUAGUCAGGAAUAUGUCAGAAUGGAGAACUCUCAACCAGUCAUUAUUAUUAUUAAAGGUUUGUUGUUAACCUUGCGAUAUUGGCCUAUUGAGCUCAACACGAAGAAAUGGUGAAAUCAAGAUUGAAAGUUUUCUGACUUUGGCAGCAUUACCGGUAGGAAAAAAAAAAAAAAGUAAAACUGGGAUGGUGAUUACUUUGACAACUAUUAGACUGGCCAAAAGUCCUCAACCAUUAGCGAUCAGUUACCCACGCUAUAAUGUUUAAGGGAAUUUUCUGAACUGCUUGGCAGGAAACAUUAGAGAUGUGGAGAAUCCCUUAAAUUUUCAUUAGAGACAGGAAGAUCUAGACAGUGGGGAACUGGCAGCAUUAACAGCAAAUAAUGGUCUGCAGAACUACUUUUUGAAGUAAAGACAAAACAGGAGAACAGAAGCUGAGAACACUCAUAUAGCGGUUAACCCAAGGACUAGGAACAUAGUGAAAAAACAAAAAAUUAGUGCCCUAAAUACAUUUUAAAAAUUAACAUUUAAUAGUAAUCCUUAAAGGGACACUAUAGUCACCUGAACAACUUUAGCUUAAUGAAGCAGUUUUGGUGUAUAGAACAUGCCCUUGCAGCCUCACUGCUCAAUCCUCUGCCAUUUAGGAGUUAAAUCCCUUUGUUUAUGAACCCCAGUCACACCUUCCUGCAUAUGACUUGCACAGCCUUCCAUAAACACUUCCUGUAAAGAGAGCCCUAUUUAGGCUUUCUUUAUUGCAAGUUCUGUUUAAUUAAGAUUUUCUUAUCCCCUGCUAUGUUAAUAGCUUGCUAGACCCUGCAAGAGCCUCCUGUAUGUGAUUAAAGUUCAAUUUAGAGAUUGAGAUACAAUUAUUUAAGGUAAAUUACAUCUGUUUGAAAGUGAAACCAGUUUUUUCUUCAUGCAGGCUCUGUCAAUCAUAGCCAGGGGAGGUGUGGCUAGGGCUGCAUAAACAGAAACAAAGUGAUUUAACUCCUAAAUGACAGUGAAUUGAGCAGUGAAAUUGCAGGGGAAUGAUCUAUACACUAAAACUGCUUUAUUUAGCUAAAGUAAUUUAGGUGACUAUAGUGUUCCUUUAAAAUCAAUAAAUCAUAUCUGUGAUGUGGAUAGUGCUCAAAUAAUUAGAACUAAGGUGUAUAUACACAAACAGAAUAGAGAAGGUCCAGUACAAAGGUAUCCAGAGACCUAAGUUAGUGGUGUAUGCAAGAACCUAUUUUGCAACCCACUAAAACCAGGAAAUUGACGUUGGCUUCAAGAUAAAUGAGCUAGGAUUUAAGCAAUCUAAUAGAUCAAAAUACAUAAAUAAUGAACAACUGAAGUAUUUACAAAUAUGUUCCGAUAAACAACAGAAGUAUAUACAGGUAUUGAAGGUCCUGUUGAUAAAUUACCAGAGACCUUAAUUAGUGCAAAGCAAAAUUCUGCAAUCCACAGAGGCUGUAUAGAGUGGCUUAAACAAUAUAAACUGGUAAAUCAAUAUCUCUAUACACGGUGGAUGAACGAAAUAGUAUCAAAAAGGCUUGUAACAAUAAAACAAAACUUCGAUCUGAGAAAAAGAGUUUUGAAAAUGCUGUUCUAGUAAGUAUCCAGACAGUCUAAUAAAAGGUCCUGUUCACAAGUUUUCAGAAACCUUUUCUUAGUGGUGUGUGCAAAACAUAGUUUUGCAAUUCACAAUUACAGCAUUAGAUUUACACUUAUAACUGAUCAGCAUGUUUGCGUACAGCAAUUAUAUUCAAAAAUGUAUAUUUGUCUAGUGCUUACAGAUAGAUCAAGUAUCUUUUAGAUCGGUAUGUGAUAAGUCGAAAAUAAGCACUCAAGAGGUAGCCUCCGUAGAUAUAGAAUACUACUCCGCUGUUAAACAAGGGGGGGUAAGAGAACUAUUACCUCUCAGCUAAAACGUUCUUGCUAUCUGGUGAAAUAAUUGGAUGCAUAAUUGUAGGUACUCAUGUCCCAGUUGCCCCAAUGAAAAAAACGAUUAACAGCGGCAGUAGACUUGGCUCGGGAUCUGAAACACGAAAAAAUAUACAAAGUCUUAAUCACAUUAAAAUAAAAUAGAUAUUAAUAUAGCGUGUCAAAUCUCCGAUGGCCCCUGACGCGCGAGUUUCGCCCACAGCUCAUCAGAGGGGAACCGAUGUGCGGGAAAACGCCGAAAUUAUAAAGGUAAGUAGCAAUUCUAAUUGGUUUAAUUAAAAAAUGGUAAUCAUUGUACUAGCCAAUAAGGAUCAUAAUAGUAGAUGACAUCAUAGAUUGCCGAAGUUAAAGCAUGAAAACAUUGCAAAGGGAUUUUAACCCUUCAAAGCCCAAAAUGAUGAGCGACUGUAAACAAAAAACAUAAUCCAAAAUAAAACAUAAGAAUAUUUAUGCAUAAUGUUAAUGUUGGUAAUAAGAAAAUAAAAUAAAGAAAAAAGUUACGAACUCUUAGACUUGCUAUAUCGCAGAUGUUACAUUUGGGUGCUUGAAGGGAUAUUUAACCAAGCAUCCUUAAUGUGCUAUUAUUCAUAAUGUACUGUUUGUUCAUAAUAAGUCUAAAAUAAAGAUAUAGCCAUGAUAGUUUAAUCCCUGGUAAUAAGGGAUAAUAAAUACAUCAAAAGAAGAUAUCCCAGAUUUACGGGCUUAAUCGUGAGUGCGUGGCGCACAUAGCUUAAUUUAAGUGUGCCAAUACCAAGUUGCUUGUGUUUAAACAUUUCUCCAAAAUAGUUUGAAACAGUUAAUAAUGAUGGCACUUAGCGCAGUGCCCAUAGUGAAUCCUAGAUAUAAUAUUUAGCUCUAUGGAUCAGAGCUUAAUCAUGAAUCAACGGCACCAAUGUCUUCUUAGAAGUGUGCUAUUACAUAUAAGCAGUAUUGCGGUCACUGCACCAAAAUAAUAGUCACAAUGUGUUUAGGGAUGCCAAACGUUGCUAAUUAAACAGAGAGACUAGAUUGUUAGGUCCAUACUGUCAUCCAUAACGAGCUCAAUAGGUUAAGUGAGGCUUUCUGAUCAAAGUGAUCAAGUCCAUCUGAAUGGCAUAGUAUACUGAGAAGAUAUUUGAGAUGUUAAUGAAUAAGACGACCUUAUAGGUUGCUAAGUUUUCUUAUCUUUGGUUGGGAAAGAGGAUCAAAAAUGGCCCUGCAUAUAUGUACCUUAAGUACAUGAGAGAUAUUAAGGACAUUCUAUGCUAAUUACUUAAUGCCAUAGCAGAGUGCAGUAAAUGUUCUACAUUUUUAAAUUGCCCUAAUAUCGUCAAAAGUUUGAGUUAAAAAUUACCACCUUGUUCGAUAUUAAUGUAUGAAAGCGGUUGUGACGAGAGCAAUCUCGCCACAUUGCAUUGGAGAAGCCUUGUUGCUCGCCUGUUGCCUUUAAACUAUGGCCCCAUGUUAAAAGACAUCUUUUUUACCUGCAGAAAAGAUUUAUUCGUGCUUUUCUGCCUGGUGUUCGGUAGAUUCAAUCUACCGAACAACCGCACGAAUGACUGGACCACCUGAGAGCUGGAGUGUGCCGGCAAUUGGCCUCCCUGAAGCUGCGGUUAACCGCAGCUUAAUUGACGAAUGCUGGGUGGCCGCCAUUCGUAUCACGAACACAAGGUCGCGGCCAUUUUAAACAUGCGAAUGCACAGCGGUGUUCGACGCUUAAUUCAUGGAACUGAAAUCGGACACAGUUUUGCGCGAACACCGCUGAAGCCGCCGACCUCCCUUCUUGGUCGGUGAAAGUGCACAAACGGCCCGGCGUUCGGUAGUUUUGCUUGAAUGUGUUAUACCCCAGAUAGGAAUCCUAUGGAGCUCGUUCACAUGAAACUGACUGUGUAAAGACUUUAGCUCCAUGGCGAUUAAACUGUAUUCGUGUGGUCUGAGCGCCAUUCGCUUAAUAAUGUGCGCUCAGACCUGAGCUAUCUGGGGAUAUGUUAAAUGUAUGCUUUUAAUGUUAUGUGUCUCACAUAGUGUAUUUUAAUAGUAAUUCGUGUGUUAGUAUCCCCACGUGCAUAAUGGCAAUUUGCCUUUGUCUUGGGAGAUAAUUGAAUUACUUCUCAAUUAUCUCCAAGGCAGAGGGGGGGAAGCCAGGAUGCAUUGUGGGAAUAUAAUGUGACUGUGUGUCCUAUUUGUCUACUUGUCUGUCUUUUGUCACAGUCUCCCAUUUGGUCCCCUAGGGGAGUGUCCACCAGGUGGGAGACCUGCAUAAAUACUGACCACUGCUUGACCCUCAACACGGAGCUCUGUCUCGUCUUUGGGGGGAUUUACUGUAUGCUGAUAGAGACUGAUUGCUAGGAGUGUAAGCCGCUUGGGUGCUUUUCCUGUUCGUCUGCUAGCAGCUAUUCGUGAGGUUCCAGUUCAGGUGUUUGGAGCAUUCCCUUGUAUGCAGUUCAGGAGGUUGGAGCAUUCCCUUGUAUCAUGAAAGUCAUCUCUCUUGAUUGGAGGUCUAAGAGUUUGCUCUCAAACCCGGAACUUAGAUCAGAGUUGGCAUGUUCCAAGACAAUAGGCAGUACAAUUCACACACAUUCUAUGUAUUUCUUUAUUGUAAGGUUUAACAUUGAAUAUAUAUAGAAAUAUGCAUCCUGACGGUAAACGUAUACUAUUAGGCAGCUAAGUAUAGUACUACACCAGGGAGGCCACAAUGACUAAACACUAACCCUUAUAAAAUGUUAAAUUAGGUCAAAACACAUACAAAACAAGAUAAGACAAAACAGAAUACCUUAUGAUAUCUGUGUAUUAUAGAAAAAUGCCAUCUUGAGAUCAGUGGUGUAUUUAAAGAGUUACUCCAACCACCAUGAACACUUCAGUCAUGUGAAGUGUUUCUGAUUAACUGCAAUAUUUAUAAUUGUGUGCUAGGGCCCCCAGCACAUGUGACAUUGGCAGCCAGCCAAUGUAAUUUCUCUGCAUAUUUUGCAUCUGUCAUCAGUCUGCACACUGAUAACAAUUGUAGAAAUCUUCUCCCCUUCCCUCUUAAAAAAAACCUCCCCUUCCCUCUCUUGCCUGCCCGGAGUGCGUGCAUAUGCUCUGAGCUGGUGAAACGGACCAAUUACUGGGCCUCUCUAUGAGCAGUGAUGUCGGAGGGGACAUGGAAGAUCAGCGUCAGGAGCUUCACCAAACGCUGGAUUAUAGGAGAGUAAAACUUAAUUUAUUUGCAGGCUGUACUGCAAAUGGAGGGGGUACUUUCUCCAUAGUGCAUAACCAGAAAGGUCACCCCCUCCUAAAGGGUUGGAGUAACCCUUUAAAGUGGUUUUGUCACUUUCUUAAGACAUUGCGACAGUUGCCGCUUGAAGUGUUGGGCCUAGAGGUGCAAGGGUAAGCAAGCGUCACUUCCUGAAACUGUCUCUCGUGGCCGAUGCCAUGUCCAUCUGGUGGAUCCUCUUUAGCUCCUGGUGCUUUAUCCGGCUCACAUGCGCGCGGUACAAUCCGGCAAAACACAUCAAUGUAACUGACACCGCUAACAUCAUCACAUCUAUACGGAAGUCCAGGACUCUGAAGCAAGUAGCAAGCGUGGUGAAGGGUCUUAAUGGAAUGAUAGAACAAGUGGCACCUUAGCUGCAGAGCUUGGUACUGUGUGCCGUUUCUGGGUUUAAACCCUUUCUUGUCCCACUACCGAUAUUGUAAGCAUAUAUCUGUGUUUUUAGAUUGGAUUAGUAAUAGGCGUUACUCUAUUAGCACUUAUUUAUUUUUCAUGUAGAGUUCCAUCUACGAAUACGGAUUGUACAUUUUGACAUUUUCAAGAAUGAAUACAUGCAAAGCCAUUUUCAAAUAUCUUAAACAUACUAAGAUAAAUGUAAUUGAUAUUUAUUAUUUUAUUUAUUCACGUUUAAGAGGUGUAUUUCGCGCCGGUAGCUAUUUAAGGUUCCAUCAUUGAAAUGGCAGAUGGCGCUUGGGAAUGUAACUUCCACUUAUCUAGGGCUGUCUUGGACAUGUUUGUGCCAGUUCUGCCUGCAUUUAGGGCUCAAAGGACAGCAAGGAGGGAUCUGUACUUGAUUCCCCAUUCAUUAUUAUUCCCCAUACACUACAGGUAAUAUUUGCACAAAUAAUGUCACCUUUGGUCCCUGUGCCUAGUUGCCAGUUCGCGGCUUUGUCCUGCCUGCUGGGAGCCGUGCAUUGGAUUUGCUCCUGGUGCAAAGUUGCCCCCCUGUGUACCAGUUAAUGCUAGGAGAUGGUGUUGAAGCUGAGAUGCGUCAAGUCUGUCCCAAUACACUGGACGUUUAUUAAAAGCUUUCCCCAGGCAGCAUUUGACCCCCCUCUUUUUAAAGAAUUAUACUAAAAACUCAGAAAAAAGUUGUGCAAAAAUAUCUGCUGUUUCUGACUGUCUUCAAUGUCUUUGUUGGUAAUCCCCAAGAAUUUUCCUAAUGUUUCUGACUUCCUCAGAAACCAGGAAGUGUCUGAAAUAAUUAGUCCUCCCCAAUGAAGACAUGAGCUUCAAGCCUGUGAGACCUGAUAGUCUCCUGACUUGCAUAUUAGGCAAAGUAUGCUAUUUUACCGUAAGCUAAAACAUGUUUGAAAUUUGUACACAUACUUGUUUUUUUUUUUUUUGGUUUUUUUAUGUUAUCUGUGCAAAACAGAUAAUCGUGUAUCUAUGUUUGAAAAGUCAUUGCCUUCACAGAUAAGAGUGAAUCCUGCGUUUUGGCAUGUGAAAAAUGCUUGUUAAACUGGAUUAUAUUUAAACAUUCGCAGGUCAGAUUGUGAUCAUCAUAUUUGUGUAACAAGUUAGGCCUGUUUCUCUACAUUUACAUUAAAGAAUGUGAUUGUGACUGAAGAGGCAGGGAAUUAUGGUAAAUUACUUCUUACUGGCCACCGAAGAGUCACUAACUCGGAAUUCCAAUCACAUUGUGGACAAGAGACCGGAAACUCAUAAAACAAAGUGAUUUCAAAAGUGCUAAGUGUACUCAAAGGAGUAGGAGGUGAACCCAUAGAAAUAUCGAAAGUGGACAGAUAUAAGAGUUUGGAUUCUGGGUUUUCUAGAAUGCAGUAGCUUUGUAAAUAAAAGAUAACUUAUCUUAUUGAUUAUAAUUUAAAGUGACACUCUCCUCACCAUGGAAGGCAAGUAUAGGCACUACAAGUAUGGAGUUCAGUUACCCUCAGUAAACCAGUGACUGGUUUGUAUACUUUUAGUGGGUUGAGCCAUUUAAAACAAAAAAAAAAAAAAAACAUGGUCAUGAUUAAUAUAUUUGCUAAAUGUGUAGGGGAGAAGUUCAUCUUAAAGAGAAAUUAACAAAAACUAUUUUGUUGAGUGUUCUUUCAGAUAAGCUCAAUAGGAAGGUUUUUUUUACAACUCUCUGGUUUGUAAAUCUGUUUUCUUUUUUUCCUCCAAGGUAUUCUGGUACAGGAUGGGAUUAAAUACUUUAGUUAUUUGUGUAUUUCGGUUUUGGUGCAGUGGCCAAUCAGGAAAUAUAAGUAGAAAACAUGUGUGGCUUUAAACCUAUAAAGUAAAGUUUUAACUUCAGGGUUAUUAAAGGUACACUCCAGACCCCCAUGUUUCUCAAACGUAGGGGGUACGCCAAGAUCUGGCUAGCUCCCCACCUUAGUGUUCCCCAGAAGGUGCCUGACUUCGCACUAAUGCAGAGUGGGCACCUGCAUAUCCGAAUGGCAGGUACCUACCCUGCCCAUAUACAGUGUCUGGAGGGGGCGAGAGGAAUGGAGGUGGAGGCAGCGAGUGGUUGUGACAUUCUUGGUCAUGAUCUUCCAGCACUCCUUCCUCACGCACCCUAUGGUGAUGCUGGUUGCCGCCCUGGCAUCACUAAACAGCUCUCAAGGGAGCAAUGCUGGGAGAGCAUGACGGUUACACAUGUCCCACAAGGGCUCCCGGGAAAGGAUCCCCACUGGACCACAGGGAAAGGAUCCACUCCAUCUUUCCCAAAGGUAGGGAGGCUGGGUGGACUUAAAUUAAAAAAUAAAAAUGUGUGAGGGUGUGUGUGUGUGUGUUUGUGUCAAAUCAAUGUGUGUUUGUCUGUCAGUGUGUGUCAAACCAAUAGUAGUUGUCUGUCAGUGAGUGUGUGUGUGUGUCAGAGAGAGAGAUUGGAUUUCACAUUUUAGUUCAAAAGAACAACUUGAACAAAUUCAAUCAAGGUAAGUUAGCUAUGAAUUAAGUUUGGCUAUUUUUGUCUAAAAUGUGCAAUUUAAGAUAAAUCCAUGUUUUUCUGUAAUUCUUUAUUUUUGCUGUGCAGUUAAUGACAUAGAAGCUUGCUAAGCCACGCCAGCUAAAGCAAUUACGUCAUAUUAGAGUUGCAUUGAAAUAGUAGCACAAUUUUAAAUGUAAAACAAGUGGUUUCCAAACUAUAAAAAAAAAAAAAAGUUAUGUAAGAGCAGUCUGUCUAGAUACACGUGAGAAGUUUAGUUUAGUAUUCACUCAUUUGUAGUAACAUACUUAGUUAAUUCACUUGAAACUAGUUAGUGUUCACUGCUGCUUUGUCUAGGGUCAACGAAGAUAAGUGAGCCUUGAUAGUGUCGUUUGUCGCAGUCCCUAAUUGUUAUGUCUCUAAACAAGUGACUGUUAACGUUUAAAAUAUAGCUUUAUGCGAGAUUAGUAUGUCUGGAUACGAUUAAGAAGCAGUUUAGAGACUCAUUUCAGGCACAUUUAGGUAAACCUAUGGUUUGAUUAACCAGCUUAAAUAAUGCGCUUGUUCGGCACGAAUGCGAUAGUUAUCCACUGGAACUUUGUUUAAGGGCAGUGAAUAGGUGUUAGCUCCUGUAUUAACUCUGGUAGGGUUGUGUAGGUUGUUGCGGUCCCUAGAUGUUAUAUCUACGGCAUGUUCACCAUGCUAGUUCAAUCUCGUGUGUAGAGGCGCAGCUGAAGGGUUCAGUGUGCUAGGUUAAAUAUCAUGCUGGCAUCAGGCUAAGAGAACGAAUGCAUACCGUGCAAGGUCUGAGCUUUGUUGCCCAAGAUAUGGAUUAUGUAUAUAGGGGGAUAUGCAUCCGAGCUAAGAACGCCUGACCAAGGGGGUUAUGCGGGAGGGGGAGGUGAUAAUACACCACCUAGUGUGGUCUAGACAUCUGCAGUCCUAGCUGGCUCGUUCGUGUGUAAGACCUGCAAAAAAGUAACGCAAAUCAAGUCCGAACUUGUCACAUGGGAUUUCCCAUAGGAAAGUUCUAAGUGUAGUCAUAGUGUUACUGGCUGCGAGUUCGUAGCUCUCGGGACAAAUGGUGGUAAUGAUGCCGCCUGUGCUCUUAAGGUUGAGGGUGCGUUCAGGUGUAGUAGGCCCAGAGCUCCCAAGAAAGUCGAGGCUUCUUCCAUGGGGGGUAAAACGUGCAUAGUCCCUUCUUGAGAAACCGCUAAGGAGCCAUUCACUCCCCACCGAUGGGUUAGUCCUGCUGCCCUCAGCUGUGCCGUGACCGGACCAAAUGAAGCGUGGACCUUGUUAGAUCCUGGAAGAAGGUAAGAGUUGCGUUUUCAAACAUGAUUGGUUCUUUGCCUUUUAGUGCUGACAUUAUUUGUAGUUUGUCAGGUAGGGUAAUGCAGCGAAGGAUGACAUCUCGCACCACAGCGGACUGGAGGCAAGUAGGACUUGGGAGACGGUAGACACUGUCGAUAGCAAUCUUCUUGGCCACUGUGUGAGGCAGGAUUAUAGCCAGCAUCCUCCUAAUGUAGUGGGGCAGCUCUUCCGCUGUAAUCGUAGGGGGGGGGAGGCCCCUGAUCUUAAUAUGUGUGCAUCUCUGAUGGUCUUCAAGUGUGGUAAGUUUAAGUGAUAGUGAUUCUACGCAUGAAGCACUAUUAUAGAAUCGUCCACUGUAGACAAAUGAUUUUGUACCGCUAUCAUAUCUCUCCGGUGACUCUAACUCUCUCCAUAACCACCUGCACCUCCGUUUUAAGAAGUGCAGAGUUGGCCGCCAGUAAUUUGUGGAUAUUGGCGCUCUAGGUCCUGUUUGGUGGUCGGUGCGGAGUCGUCAGACGGUUCCUGUGUCACAGCCUGGGAUGCUGGUAAAUGGCGUCUGGUCAGGACAGUUGGCAAGCCCCGCCCCCCAUAAAUUCCAUUUUUAAAUGCUUCAUCUAUGUAAUACAUACCAAAAUAUAUAAAAGACAUAAAAAAACAUGGCUUUAUUUUGCUCGGUAAUGCAGCCUGGGACCUCCGAUACAUUUCUUGGUAUACUUUGUUAGUAAGCAUGUCAUUAUCAUGUCAAAGGUCUAAUUAUGAGGCUGUCUCCACUCUGAGAGCAGAGCAGUUACACAUAGUUAUCUAAGUUGCCACAACACAUAGUUUUAAUGAUGAUCUUGAAGGCUGUAUUUUUUUUCUUUUCUAUUUUACACUUUGUAUCUUAGCUACAGAAUUCUCUAGAUGUUUGAAUAGGUUAUGGCGCAAAAAGCCCGUGUUGUCCCAUUUUUUUUUUUCUCCUGAAGUCGUUCAUGUAAAACCCAUGAAGAGUUUUUUUUUUUUUUAUUCAUGGGGAAAAAAUGUGAAUCAAACUCUUUGGCAAUUUACUUAGUUGGAAGCUGCAGCAUAUAUGAAGCCGCGCAAAGCUUUGGAACGUCAUAACUAAUAGAACCCUGUUGAGCAGAGGUUUGUAGAAUAUGAACAGAUGUUUAAUGCGUCGCUGAGAAAUAUGAGCACCUUCUUGGUCCACAGGAAAAGCUGGCAACUUGCAGCACUUGACGAAAAAUCAGAACUAAAGCGGAAAUGUCACCAUCUGGGGGGGGUUAAGUAUCGCUUAAGUAUCUUCUGUGCAUGAAACGUAAACAGGAAUUAGCAUUUCAGAUUUACAGUAUGUAACUAUGACACAGUAAAUGAGUAUGAUAUUACAUUUAUGAAAUACUCAGUUUGCAGGGGAGGGGAGUGGAUUUUGUCUAAAACGUUUAAAAUAUACUAAAAAUGUACAUUAAAUCCAGUGUCAGCCAAAGCUGUCUGAGAAACUUUGCACGCCUGCUGUGACAUCAUUUGUGACAUCAUGGCAUGUCACCCAAUGCCACCUGCAGUCCAAUCAAAUGCUUUUCAUUCAGUCAGUUCAGUUUCUUCUGAUGUAGAGAAGCCUUGAAUUAAAAUAAAAUAAAUGCUAUAGUGUGUGUGUGUGUGUGUGUGACAGCUCAUUUCCCUGCCACAGCCUGCCCACCGUCCAAACCAAAAGCCGUGAUGGGGAAGGAGGCAGGGACGGAGGGCUGCACAGAGGAUUGGGGGAUUGGACAGUGAGAGGUGAAGAAGUGAUUGUAAAAUAUGUCAUGAUGCGGGGCUAGUACGCCUAACCAGGGGGACAGACAGUUGGACUGUGAGCGUGAGCCACUAGCUCAGAGACCUACAGGGUUUUCCUUGCAGAUACGCUCACCAUGCUGCUUCCAAAAGGAGAAUCUCAUUACAUGUGUCACCAGUGCGCUAUGCGUGCGGACAACAGACUUUAUGUACAGAACAAAAGUUCCAGGCUGACUAGGUCACGCGUGCUGGAGCUGUAACUACAAUCCAACAUAAAUUCACUAAUAUAUCUGUAUAGGCAUCGAUUCAAGCUAAAGCGCCGCACAUACAGAUUACUUGAACCAUGACCGCUUUUAAAAACGGCAGUGGUCAUGGUGGUUGGAGUAAUCCUUUUAAUAGAAUCUGAAAUUUCCAUACAUUCAUAAAUCAAAGUUGAAUUAAAUGAAAAAAAAAAUUAACAAUGAAAGAGAAGAAAAAAAUAUGAUUCCCUCGCACUACAGUCAGAAGGGACUACGACCAAAAUAUGUCACCAAGGGAUCCCAAAGGCAUUUAAAAAUUAGUAAAUGUGGUGCACAUUUAUAGGUCGUUUAUCCUUAUGCAUUGAAUUUUAGUUUAUUUUUACCAAUUGAAUAGAACAAACAACAAAGGUGUGCUUUAGAUAUCACAAUAUGUUAACUAGUAUUUUAUACUUCUUGAACAUCAUCUUAAAGGUAUCUUUAGAUCUUUAACAUUCAUAAUUUUUGUUAACUUUUAACGCGUUAUUUGAUCAAUGGUUUUAUAACCAGGAGGUUGCAGUCUGAAGGGUGUAGAGUUGUUUCCAACAAGAUGUUGUUGCUGGGCUGCCUGUGGCGGUUUCUUUUUUAUUUAAAUUUAAUUUUUUUUAAACUUUCUUUUAUUCUUUAUUUUGACCUGCAAUGGGUUAUAGACAUGCGUUCAGUAUACUGAAGCGUGACAAUGAGUUUGACAUUGCAUGUGGCACAUUGAAGUAGUUACAGUUUGCACUUUUUAUAAAAUAUAUACAAUAUGAGUAAAUUCCUAGUGGUUGGUGAUGAGUAGAUUUAUGGUACAACAAUAACAAUAGUGUCAUCCUAUACUAGGUAGAGUAAUGGUUACUGGCUUUUUGGUCUGGGGAGGGUGUGACAAACUCCCCUGUCCUAGUGACUUUGCCACGAGCUGCUGGAGGAGCCUGCUUGCCAGCCUCCUGCCCACUGACUUUGGGCCAGGUCAGCGACUGUAAAGACGCAUAUUUUAUUCCCCCCUGGUUCAGCACUUUCCAUUCGUGCGCAUAGAACUGAACGAUGGCUCCCUGGUGGCCGUUCACAUGGACCAAAACCCUGAAUAGACUUCAGGGGGACUUAGCCACGAUUCUAUGGAUCUAUUUUCGGCUAGGGGACCAUGCAUGCGGUCGGUCAAAUUAUGACUUCCAGGAAAUUCCUGAAUCCCUGAACCGAUCUGGGUGAUUUUUGGAUAUGUUGGUUACCCAUAUUGGGGUAAUGAGGGGAUGUAACUUUUGUGGGGUUUUAUGUAUUUUUAAGGUACUUUUGGGAAAUGUGUGUGUUUUGUGCUUUGAGAUAAUUGAGUUUAAUACAGUGCUUGACUCAAUUAUCUCCCAGGCACAGGGCAGGGAUUAUCUUGUUUUGUAUGGGAGUGUCCUGGACCUGGGAGCCAAUGUAAUUGUGUGUUUGUUUUUACUGUAGUCUACUUUCGGGUCCAGGGGGGAGUGCGCCAUGCAUGGGGACCGGUAUAUAAGGCCAGUUAUAGCUGCCAUUAAACGUAGUCCAGCUUGUACUCCCAGAACUAUGUGUCGUCUGGUUACUGAGAGGAGAAAGGGCUAAUCACUGUUCCAGUGUGGAGAAUUUGAUGGGGAAAGUCCUUGUAAGGACUAGAGCUCCCAGAAUGGAGUGUCGUCCAGUGCCUGGGGGUUUCUAGAGCGAAUUCCCCAUUUGGAUCCAGGAGGGAGCAGUUCCAGGACCCCAGUCAAGCCACGGUGACUGUGGGCAGAAGUGCUGCGGUUUUUCCCUUGUUCCAGCUAGGAAGCGGUCCUUGUCGAAGGUACCCAGUCAGGGGUACAGGGAGCUCCGUUACAGAGGGUAACACUGUAGCAAAAUAAACAUACUUGUGUUUUGUCACAAGUGUAGAGUGUGUAGGCUCGUUACCCUGCCUGGGUGCAGUGAGAUUUGGGAAUGCUGGGGUCAUUGGAGUAAGUGAUCUCUAUUUUGUUCCUUCAGUAGAAGGAGUGGCGUGCCUGGUGGUGGUGUUAAGUACUCCUGAAUGGUGUUACCUCUAACCAUGGGGGUGUCGAGGGGAGGAGGGAGGUCUUAUGUUGCAGUUGUACUUUAGGUAGUGGCAUUAGACUGGACCUAUACCUCUUACCCUAGGGUCUCAAGGAUUUACUCGGGGUUGACCCAAACUAUCUUUGAGUCAUAGAUUAAAAAAGAAACAAAGUGAACUAUGCAAAAAGAAAAUGAUAUAACAUGUUAUCAGAGAGUCUUUAUGGCCUUUCUCCCGGUUCAGUAAGAUGACUGCAUCAACAGCUCCAUUCAGGUAGCCUGUCAAUUCUGCCUGCUGGUUCUCGGCACGAAUGGCAUUAUGCGCACUGGGUUCCAGGUUGGGUGAGCGUGUUGCGCAGAUGUGGUUGCUGUCUCAUCUGUGAGGCCCAGUUUGUAGGCCAGCGCAGGUAUUUCUGCCUUUGAGGUGAGUUUAUGUGUCGUCACGUUGUGGGUGAUUAGGAGGGUUUUCGGUGUCCCCCACCUAUAGGCUAUCCCUACUGAGUGCAAGUGUGUCGUAAAGCGACUGAAUGAUUUUCUCCAUUGUAAGGCAGCUUUAGACAGGUCUUGAUAAAAAGUCAGUAUAGAGUCCUCAAACUUGAGGGGAGUCUUUCCCUUCAUGGCUGCCAUAAUCUGGCUUUUGUCCUGUGGCAAGGUGCAACAGAGGAUAACAUCUCCAGCAGUAGUGGACUUUGCCGGGAUGGGGAGGCGAUAGACAGCAUGGUCAUUUUCUUUGUUACCGCAGGUUGUAGCAGGGAGCCGCCUUGCAUAGUGUGGUAAUUCCUUUCUGGACACUGUAGAGGGGAUACCUCGUAUCUUGAUAUGAUUGCAGCCGUAUCAGUCCUCCUGCACAGACAACUGCAGAGUGAGGGCUCAUUGCGUAACCCGUAGCUGGGAGAUGGAUUAUUUCAUCGUAGUUCGUUUGUCUUUAAUUCCUUUGACUUCCUCCACAGUGGAUGUCACUGUCUCCAUGACUUGUUGUAGGUUGGUUUUAACGCUGUCAGGUCUGUGUUUAGGAGCCUCUGAAACUCUUGCAGCAUGUUUUGUAGAUCUUGUUUAGUGGCCGGUUCAGAGCUCCAGUUCUCCUCAGCAGUUGGUGCAUGUACGGCCUCCUGCCCGGCUUGCUCUUCACGAUGAGCCAGAGAUUUGUGGGAAGUGGAGUGUCUCGGCUUUCUGCGGUCGCCAUCUUUGCAGGUGGAUUCUGUAGGAGAAUAGCUCAGAUAUCACGCUGGUCGCUUGCGGCUCCAGGUUGAGGUUUUUGCGAUCUGUGCCCCAUAGUUGGUGUGGUAGGAGUGCAUCGAUGGGUAUAUAUUCGUCUGCGGGGUAUAUUCCACACAGGAACUAGGCAAGGUCGGGAUGCGCUGGCGUGAAGUAGGCCCCGACUUUGCAUUUUCAUUUGGUGAGCUUUGUGGUGUGUAAAAAGGGCAUUGAUCAAUGCAGCAGGGGUCCCUUCGUUUGGACCUGGUGUUGUAAUUGCUGGAUGCCGUAGAUUUUUCGUAAUUUUUGGCCAGAUUGUAACAAGCAAGUGGGAGUUGUUAGAAAUGGUGUCUGGUCCAUCUCAGCGUUUAUAUGUUUAUAUUAGUCUAAACUUAACUAAACACAAUUUCUUUCAGAGUUCACUGCAGCCAUUGUCAAGGUGAAUGUCACUUUGGUUAUAGCAGCUGGGAAUGCGCGUUACACCAUUUAAGUGGAUGAUUAUAUCCGCUAUUAAAAAGGAGGUUUUUAGUACCAUCAUAACAGCCAUUAAAGUGUAAGCUUACUUGCCAAUGUCAAGGAAAACAUCCUAGGAGAGCCACGUGAGUUUAUAAUUUAACAAGACACAAAUCCAUUAUUUAAAUGGCUGUAGGGAUAUGGCAUAGUGCACAGGUUUGGUUUAGUUUGUACAUUUGAGUUGUGAGACCUUGAUGUUCUGUUUCCAGUGGCUGUAGAGAAAUGUAUAGUUUGACGCCGGAUUCUAUGUGAAUAUAGUUCUUCUCAUAGGGAAACAUUGGAGUGUUUUUUUUUUUUUUUAUUCCCUAAAUACAUAACUUUCAUGUGCAUAUUAAACCUCACCUGCAACUUGCCUACCCAAUCACUGAUAAUUAUCAUACUGCACAAAAUCUAUUAUCUAAGUUAAAGUUGUGCCAUCUGCAGACACUUUGUUUGGCUUAUAGAAUAUUCCAGUAAGAACUACUCGUUGCAAUCUAUCUUUACACCAGUUUUCUGUCCAAGUACCAUCAGUUUCCCCAAGUAAUUUUUUUUCAAAUUGUAUAUUAACAACAAUAUGUGUGCAACCAAAUACGUCUUUUUACAAAGCUUAUACUUUUACUCUUCCAAUUUCAGUGCUCUUGUUUGUAGAAUUUGUUUUGCAUGCUCAGAUUCUUGGGGUGACCAUAAUGAUUUUACCUUGGACUGAUUUCUUAAAGUGGCUCUGUCAUCCUUCCAUCCCUCCCGACCCCAAAAUGAGCAUUUCACAUGAUAAAAUCUUUAUACAUUGACUGACUGUUUUGGAAUUUCACUAAAAUUCCAACCAAGUCAAAAGAUAUUUGACAAACUAGGGACAACUUUGUCUUAUGUAGUUUUUCUAUGCUUGACAAAGCUUGACACAAAGGCGAAGUUACCUUUGGGUCAAGCUCUCAGCUAUCACAAGUCUCUGUCUAUGGAGGAUCACACAGUCUUGCUAGAUUCUCCAUAGACAUCAAUGUUGUACUCUGUCUUGAGCAUGCGCAUGAGUACAGCAAGAUGUUGGCUUCUGGCAGACAAAGCUCCAAGUGCUGAAGAGGACCUUGCGCAAGAAGAUGGUUGUGGCUGCAAAGGACAGCUUCAGGUAAGAAAAAAACGACAUUCCCCUGCACCUCCGGGCUACCGCACUGCAGGCAGGACAGUAACCAUCUAGGCUCUAGUGAGUGCGGUGACCUGGAGGUGCAGGCGAAGGUAGUUUUAUAUUUAUCUGAACCUGUUGUUCACUGCUGCAUGUCCUGAUAUAGAAGGCAGUUUAUUUUUUUUUUAUUUAUUUUUUUUUACACAUAAUUUCUUAGAAUAUUUAACAUCCUUUAAAUGUAUCUCGUAUAACAGACCUUGCAUUAAUCCCAGGAAGAAAACAGGUUCUUUUUAUACUGUUUAUGUUAAAAUAUGCAGUAUUUCCCUAGUGCAUAAGGCAACCAAUCGGAUAAAGUAUCAUCUUAUGAAAAUAUGCACCCAAGGGCAUCCCUGUACAUAGUCUGAGCUGGAAAUUCAGUGCAGCCUGCUGUCAUCCACUGUAUGAAGUAUGUUUGCAAACACAGUUUUUUUUAUAUGAAAACUGCAUUUAGUGCUUUUGAAAAAUAAAUAGACUUUAACAUCCUUGGCCCAAGGGGCAAAUAAUGAGUUGUACAAUGUAAAGUCUCUUUGUACCUUGUCUUCCCUAUUUAGUUAUAGAAUAGAUGUGCUAAAACUGUCACUUUAUCUCGAGAGGUUUGCUAUUGUAUCUGUGGGUAAUGUGAGAUGACUGUAUCUCACUAUCUCAGCAUCGCUGUUGGAGUUGCUAGCACCAAACCUUUUGCUCAGCCGUUCUAAAAUAACAUUUCAUUAUUUUACAGGGUUACUUUCUAUAGACCAAUAAAAAAAUAUAAACAAAUAUUUUAUGAUAUGAGUUUAAUUCAAUUUUAUGUAUUGAGAGGAUAAUUUGGACUCUUAAAAUGACUUAAAGGGAACCUAUCACUAGGGAUGCACUGAAAUUAAAAUUCUGUGCCAAACCCAAAAAUUCAAGAUGCCCUCGUACGAAAACCGAAAAUGACUUUUUUUUUCCCCCAAAAUGAUUUUAAAAUAGUUAUUUCUAUAAUUUUAUUAAUAUUAGACUUUUUAAUGAAUUUAAUUAAUCUAAUAUGAAAAACUUCCCUUUCCCUUCUCUUUUAGUACCCCCCCACCCCAGUGUUCCUUUUCCCUUCCCUGUACCUUAAUCCCCCCCUCUAGUGUUCCUGUCCCCUCCCUCUUUUUUAGUGUUCUUUCCCCCCUCCUCCCCAGUCCCAUAGUGUUCUUUCCCCCCUCCUCCCCAGUCCCAUAGUGUUCUUUCCCCCCUCCUUCCCAGUCCCAUAGUGUUCUUACCCCUCUCCCCUCUUCCCCUCUCCCAUAGUGUUCUUUCCUCCACCCUCCCGUGUCCCAUAUUGUUCUUUUCUCCUCCCUCCCCUGUCCCAUGGUGUUCUUUCCUCCACCCUCCCCUGUCCCAUAGUGUUCUCCUCCCACCCCUGUCCAUAGUGUUCUUUCCCUUCCAUUCCCCUCCCCACCCCCCCAAGUGCAGUAUUCUUGACUUUUCAUGUUCUCAUUACUAUCUUUCAUUGUGAUAUAUAAUCAUCUAAAUUGUCAAUUCAAGCAUGUCUGUUAAACUAUGCACUACAAAAAAAAACAAAAAACUGUAAAUUUGACCUGUUUUUGGGCAAAAUUUCGGUGCAUCCCUACCUAUCACCCUGUGGGUGGCAAAUCCGCAUUCAGAUAGGUGUAAAUUUACUAAAAUGCUUUGUGCUGCCUAUUUGGCAGCAAAUGCAUGGAUUAAACGAUGUACUAAUCUAAAGAUGGCUUCCUCCUCACCUAACAUGGUGUCCUUGGUUGGAAAUAGAAGUAUGGAAGAGGAAGAGCUUCUGGGUAUGCUGUCACCUUGCUCACAAACAUUAUAAGGGGCAGCUCAGAAUUCCGAGGUUACAUGUUCAGUCUAGGUGUUGUUGGAUGUUGCUGUACAGGCAGCCAAUCCUGACAUUUGUACUUGUAGUCUUUACCACUGUGUAUCAGUGUAGUGCACUUUCAGUACAGGAACUCACAAGAAAUGUGUUUGGUAGCAUUAAGCACUCCAUUAGGGAUAUAAAGGUCUAGCCAGGGAAUGUGAGCUGCAGAUUCUCCCUUGGUUAUCUUCUUAACGUAAUUCUUCGAGUGGGUUAACAAGAUCACUGGCUAAUAAUAGCUAUAUCUGUUUAGCAAAGUACCUGUGGAUUAGAAAGCAUAAAAAGCCCAAGUGAAUGGUCCAACAUUUUCGCCAUGAUAUGGAAUGCAUAUUUAGUGUAGGAAUUCACACAUUACUGCUGUGGAAAAUAGAACAGCCCAGUGCUUUCUUACUGGGUAUAAAUCUGCCUGGAAUUGAACUCUUGUGACAGACUGUAGAAUAGAUUAAUAAAUUCACAGCCAGUAACACGGGGCUCAGGGUUGACCCUUUUAGCCGCUAUAGAUCACAGUUUUAGUGCUGGUUCUGGGUAUUAUUGAGCAAAUCAUUGUGCAAGGCUAUAAUUAACUGACAGCGAUGCUCUGUACGGCUGGGUGUCUAAGGGCAGCAUUCUAUAGAGACAGUUAUCUAAAAGCACCAUUCUAUAUAGAGCCAUAUAUCUGAGAGCAGCAUUCUAUAGAGCUGUGUACCGGAGAGCAGCUUUCUAUAGAGCCAGGUAUCGGAGAGCAGCUUUCUAUAGAGCCAGGUAUCUGAGAGCAGCAUUCUAUAGAGCUGGAUAUCUGAGAGCCGCAUUCUAUAGAGCUGGGUAUCGGAGAACAGCAUUCUAUAGAGCAGGGUAUCUGAGAGCAGCAUUCUAUAGAGCAGGAUAUCUGAGAGCAGCAUUCUAUAGAGCCGGGUACCUGAGAGUAGCAUUCUAUAAAGCCAGCUACCGGAGAGCAGCAUUCUAUAGAGCUGGGUAUCUGAGAGCAGCAUUCUAUAAAGCUGGGUAUCUGAGAGCAGCAUUCUAUAGAGCUGGGUAUCUGAGAGCAGCAUUCUAUAGAGUUGGGUAUCUGAGAGCAGCAUUUUAUAGAGCCGGGUACCUGAGAGUAGCAUUCUAUAAAGCCGGUUACCGGAGAGUAGCAUUCUAUAAAGCCGGGUACCGGAGAGCAGCAUUCUAUAGAGCUGGGUAUCGAAGAACAGCAUUCUAUAGAGCAGGGUAUCUGAGAGCAGCAUUCUAUAGAGCUGGGUAUUGGAGAACAGCAUUCUAUAGAGCAGGGUAUCUGAGAGCAGCAUUCUAUAGAGCAGGGUAUCUGAGAGCAGCAUUCUAUAGAGCUGGGUAUCUGAGAGCAGCAUUCUAUAGAGCUGGGUAUCUGAGAGCAGCAUUUUAUAGAGCCGGGUACCUGAGAGUAGCAUUCUAUAAAGCCGGUUACCGGAGAGUAGCAUUCUAUAAAGCCGGGUACCGGAGAGCAGCAUUCUAUAGAGCUGGGUAUCUGAGAGCAGCAUUCUAUAGAGCUGGGUAUCGGAGAACAGCAUUCUAUAGAGCAGGGUAUCUGAGAGCAGCAUUCUAUAGAGCAGGGUAUCUGAGAGAAGCAUUCUAUAGAGCUGGAUAUCUGAGAGCCGCAUUCUAUAAAGCCGGGUACCGGAGAGCAGCAUUCUAUAGAGCUGGGUAUCUGAGAGCAGCAUUCUAUAGAGCUUGGUAUCUGAGAACAGCAUUCUAUAGAGCCAGGUACCUGAGAGCAGCAUUCUAUAGAGCCGGGCAUCUGAGAGUAGCACUCUAUAGAGCCGGGCAUCUGAGAGCAGCACUCUAUAGAGCCGGGCAUCUGAGAGCAGCACUCUAUAGAGCUGGGUAUCUGAGAGCAGCACUCUAUAGAGCAUUCUAUAGAUCAUGUAAGGGAAUUGUGGUGAGCAUGCACUGCAGGUAGCAUGGUAGCUCUCUACACAAGUGAAUGUGAAGUAGGAAAAAAAGCGAAAAGUUGUUUUUUUUGGCAUGUCAGCAUAAGCCGCUGUAGGUCUUUAAACCGGUAUGACUACACUAUGUGGUUUUAUAUGAUGCACCAUUUAAAAUUCCUUGUGGUUUCAGUUGUUUAAUAGCAUAACAAAUGAAAACAACGAUAUUGCAGGUGAAGAGACCUUAUAAAUAUUUAUUUGCUAAAAUGCGUCCUGUUUCUCCAUUCAUCGUACAGAUAUUGAGGGUACAUGAUCCUCCACAAUCUGUUACCUUUAGCAGUAUUUUAAUGCAUGACAUUUGUGACUCUAUUCAUUCCUCCCACGUGUCGCUGUUUAAAGGAACACUCCAAGUACCAUAACUACUAUAUCUCACGGUGUCCUUGCAGCAUAAUCUGUCAAACUAUUCCAGAAUGGGUCCCCUGGGCAUCCAUGCUGCAUCCAGUCUUCCUCUGCAGGAGAAGAGAAUUGUCUUCAAUAAACAAAGCAGAUCCAAUACAGGACCGUGACUUAGAGCACUCAGCUAACACUCUUAGCCAACGAGCAUGAUUCUGCUUAGAUCAGGAAUUACUAAAACCCCAUACAUCUAAAGAUGGAAAAACUAUUUUGGAGAUACUACUAUUUCUAUUUUACAAUUAUACGUUUCGUACACAUCCUGAAAUUAAAGAAACACUUAAGGGGUUUAAACACUACAGCCCAAAGGUAAAGGUUAUACUGCAGUAGUGCCGCGGCACCCUCCCAGAGUAAUCCUUCAAACUGUUUUGCUCCACAUAGAGGUAUGCAGGUAGAAUGGAUUUGGUGAUAAGGAAAAGUAGACAGUCACAUGACUUCUGAAAGGGCUGACGUGUGUGCAUACAUAGUCUUGCUCCCUAUCCCAGCAACUACAGCACCAUAGACCUUCGAAACCCAUUUAUUGAAAGUUAAAUCAUAAAACCCUUAUUUCUGACUAUUUAAACAAAUGAACUAUAGUGGCUUAAUUGUCAUCCAUUUUUUCUUAAAAAUUAUUCAGGACUGCAGGAAAGAGUCAGAUUUGGUAUAUACAUAAAUAACACAUUUUUCAUUUAUCUGAACCUCCUCCAAUGAGUGGCUUUUCAUUGGCUUAUGAUUGAAUUCCCUGCUGCAUGCAAGCCUUCCAACCUCAGAGCUUUUUAAAUUGACAAAGAGGGGCACUUUACUUCUAGGGCUAUAAGCUGGGUGUUUGGACGGGAGGGCCGUUCGGAAACUGUAACUGCAGCCCAUCAUACAAAAAGUGAAACCUUGGUUUACAUAAAUGAGUUGUGAGACAGUCUUGCACUGUUAAUGCAUGGAGUGUCCUUGAAACUGAAUUAGAUACUGGAUUAAUAAAAAUAAUUAAUUACCUGGCUUACUUUACUUUAAGAAUUCAAUGGGUGCGAGGAAUAAUUUUUUUAUGUUUUACAUCAGAAAUAGCCAAUGGACGUCUGCUUUACAGAUGUUGUGGAACUACAACUCCCAUAAUACUUUGAUAGCUUUCAUGCUUCCAUUUUGAUAUCGUGUCUGGUCCCUUUUCAUCCCUGCUGCAAGUAUGUUACAAGAUGCUGAUGUUGAGUGUGUAUUGCAGAUGAGAGAGACUUGGCUUGGUUAUCUUCUAAUUUAUUUAUGCAUAUCUGUUUUUUUGUUGUUUUUUUUUUUUUUUUAAAUCCUCAAAAUAUACUGAUUUCCCCCCCAAUUAUGAUACCAUUUGCAUGUCUGCAGUAAUUUGUUGCUGUGCUACAAAGAGAGGGAAGGUCCAGGAUGCACCAGCUGACUGUCAGGGGGGAGGAGGAUGUCUGACAACAGGUGGUCCUGAGACAUGCUGGCUGACACAGAGCUCACAGCAAACAUGUCACACAUCACAGUGCCGAGGUCUGUGAGCAUGUUCUGUCUGCAGAGCCAUCUGAUCCCUGACACCGGCUCAAUGUGCCCGUAGCAACCACCAACUAGUCAUGGCAGUCAGGCACGAGCUUGGCAAAACCAUCAGAAGAAUAGCACGGCUCUUUUUCUGGUUCCCAAAAACAGUGAGCAUCACCAGAGGCAGGAAACUAAAGCUUCUCUGGAGGGCUGCUGGUAAGAACACAAAUCUUGCUUUCAUUUUUUUUUUUUUUUUUAUGCUUUUCAUUUAUUAUUAUUAUUAUUAUAAUUUUUUUAUUUUUUUAUCUAUAUACAUGUAUUUUUUUUCUUUGCACUCCUGAUAAGUGAUGAGAUGCUUUUUCAGCAUUGGAGAUUAUAGGUUUUCAGUGCGGUGGUGAGAGAUAUAUUUCCAGACCGUUUUUUGUAUUGAAUGGAAAUGCAUGCAAAGUCUGUGACUGCAGAGAAUGAUCGAAGCAGCUCCUAAUAUAAUGCAGUCCGCAGCACAUUCCCAGCAGUUUUAUUAUACAUUGACCAAAGACACUGGCAAUUGGCGGCAUGUGCUGUGUAGCUACAAAAGGAUUCUUUUCAUUCUAUUGUCACAGCCCGAGAGGCUUCACUGCAAUACAGCAGCGGUACUUAAAACAAGGGGUGACACAAUCUGCAUUAAUUAUUCUUUAUUAGCCAUUCCUCCAUUGGAAUAUAAAAAAAUAUAUUGCUUUAUCGACACAGUACCAGCUAUAUUAUCAUGUUGUCCUCUACUGCCCUUAAUAGACAUGAGCCAGCAAUGCACAGUGCAGUAUUUCAGGAAUAAAUGCAGUGCACGUCUGCCAUUUAAAGCAUUUAUUUUAUCUAUAGGUAUUAUUUUUUUUUAACCAGAAGACUGUUUUUAUUUAUAUGCUAGUCAUGUUUGGUAGGCAUUGUAUGAUAGGCAUGUAGAACGCUUGGCUUUAUAUACUAGGCUACCAUAGUGUUGAAUGAGGAUUCAAUGAUCAUGGAUACAUGUUUGCAUUAGGCUUUAUGGAAGCUCAAGAAAUCAUUGACAGAUUUUGUUACAGCGUUGGGCUGGAUUUUUCUGGCAAUGUGUUAGUAAUAGCAGAACGUGUUUUCAGUGAAAUACUGGUUGGGUAUUAUUUUGCCUGAGGAACAGUACACCGGGGCUGUCUCUGUUACUCGGUAUACUAAUUUGCAAUCUUAUACCUGACAAAUGAAUGUUUAGCUGACUGAUUGCUAACCGUGGCGUUCUGGAUGCUCUCAUUAGGCUCAGCCGUGAUAUUUGGGGUUCUCUUAUUCAAAAUGCUUAGAAAUGUAUUGUUACUGUGACGACCUAUGACUGAUAGACUCCAGCGAUGAAUAAAUGUCUACUUAUUUUCUGUUGCACAUGGGGACUUGGCUAUGAGUAAUGAAGAAUGGGGUUAUGUUGCCCAAAACAGUCCACAUUUAUCCCCAUAUCUACUAAUUGUUCCAUAUUUUUUUCUCUGCCAUUCAGCUUCUGGGUAUACUUGAGAAAUGUACCUAGAACGUGCACUUUAAUGACGUGCUGCAUCAGGUCAGUACAGGAGCAUCCACAGAGCUGUGCGCAUGGGCAGCCUCAGUUCUCAUAGCUUCCAUUCAGGCUGUCAUAUAAAAACCACGCUUUGUGACCGUUUGUGACCAAUGACUGGCAUUGCUUCAUGGCAUGUCCCCAUUCCAGACAAUCCCUUCAUGUAUCAAAGCUCCCAGUGUUGGGAGAUAUAAUCCCCAAAUAGGUUAUUUUAAUUAAUAUCCCCCUUUGGAAUAGAAUUCGCAAACUAGUAAAAAUGAAAACACCAAGGGUUCAUAAAGCGAAGGUUUGCACAUGAUGGUCAGACAGAAAAUACUUUAACUAUUGCCAGACAAAAUGUUAUGCACAGUGUUUGGUUUACACUAAUUCAUUGCUAAGGUUGCUUUAAUUAACAUAGGAUAAAUUCAAAUCCACAGUACUUAUCUGAUCAAUAAUGCUUUCUGAUUGUCAACCGGUAUCACAUGAGUAUUCUCAACACAAUCACAACCUUUUUCGGGCGGUACCAAGUUAAAAUGUUCAAAAAUUUGUAGAAAAAUGUUUUCUGUGGUUGAUCAAUUUCUUUUUAGUGUUGUGGUGUUUAUUAUGUGGCCAAACCAUGCAAAGAUUGGGCUCAUCCACACUUUCACAAAUGUCUAGGUCCCCCCACACCCUCAUAUAUUAACAGUGGUCCCCACACCAUCUCCUCCUUUGUCUUUUUCUCUGCUCCCAUGGUGGCCCAUGGGGUGUAUAAUUCAAUUCUACAUGGUUACCGGCGGCACACCAAGGGUGCAGAGGAAAGGUGGGUACGUCCUCCAGAAUCUUGAUUGUCGCCAAAGCUUCUCCCCGUCUGGCAGUUAGGCUUUAGGAGUAUGUACUAUGCUGUUCGCAUGGUGAUAGGAUGAAGAGCUCUCCUAGGCUCCAAUGCAAGAACCGAGAAAUUUUGGUGAAAAUGACUGCAUCGUUUCUAUAUGACCAUAGUUGUUGUUAACAAGCUUUAUUCAUAAAAGAGGGUCUGUAAUGUUGCUUCCAAGGGUUCUUCCUGGUCCAUUUCAGGCAUACCUCGUAUCCUGAUAUUGCUCCUGCAUCCUCUCUUAUCUAGGUCUUUGGCCUGCUUCCGUAGGUCCAGGAUCAUGUUUCCCUGCCUUGUGGCAGUGAGUUCCGCUGCUCAAUUCAGUUGCUCGGAUUAUUGACCUUGGGGACAGGGCCCCAAAGUCGAGACACUGUCCCCAAGGUCUGCAAUGUCCUGCCAGAGAGGUCAGCCAGCUCAUGCCAAAUUGUCCCCUUGGUGGAGGACUCUAGUGCUAUUGUCGAGUCUGCUAAGCAGGAGCUAGGCACUUAUGCUGCCAUCUUGCCAGUGAUCCAGGCCACGCCCACUUGACCAAUGGUCUCGACACAGAAACCGUAUAUUUAAGAUUUGGAAAUGACUGCAUUAGUGAUAUAUUUUGGCAAGAUAUGGACCGGUUAAACAUUGCAGCCGUAAAGCAGGAAUAAAAGAACCCGUUUCAAUAAGAAAACGUUUCUGUCUUUAGACUUGGCAGUAAAAUAAAUUAUGGGGUAGACUUAUUAAUCAAGCUUACCCACUAGCUAAUAUUAAGAACACCGAUAAUUGCUUCAGUGUUGAUAUUACAUAAGUUGUUCCCAAGGAACAUGUUCUUACUAAUAGUUAAAGCAGACAUAUCACUUGUAGCUUUUUGUUUUGUUAAAUAUACACUGUAAUGUCCACAAUGAAGAGACAAUAUUGACAUUAGAUAGUAUUUAUUCCAAGUUUGUAGUAUAUUGUAAAAAUACAUGACACGAUCUUCCUAUUGCCUAUAUGGGCAGAUCAUCCCCCCCCAAACUGAGUAUUGCAUGCUGGAUGACAUCAUACUAUUCAUAAAUAAAAACGGAAUACAUAGUAUGAUUGAUGACGCUAUAGGGGCUGAAUUAUAGACAACACCCACAAAUUGCAGCUGCUGUACAGAUGUGUAAUCCCCACCUAUCUUUGGUGGAGAUUACUCUCUUGCCUUGCCUGACCCCUUGUUUUAAAAAGUAACAUAAUAUACAAUUUAUGCAGUAAUAAAGUGUGUACUUGAGAAUUUCAAAACUUUCAUAACCCACUUAACCUAAGGCCCUUAUUAUUUGUUAUGAUUUACUGUCCUGUAUUCUCUAGCUAUGUAUGGUUGAGUGGGCAUGAGGGGGGGAUCGCUGACCAGCCCCCAACCUACAGGACCUUGCAGCUGAUGAAGAGAACUCUACAGGGUCCUAGUGCCCAUUCACAAGUGAGCGCAUCUAAUAUGUGCCAGCGCUGUGCUGCCCAAGGACCUUUCCCGUGUAUCCCAGAAUGCGGGACCAGGGAACAUAGUCAGGACAUGGACCCGAAAUCAGGUCUUUCCUGAUGAAAUCGGGACUGUUGGGAGAACGGCAAACAAUGAGGUUUAUUCUCUAAACACGAAUUGUAGUGAAUUGAAAUGUUAAUUCUUAAUGAAUCUUAGAUUAUCCAAAUUUAGUUAAAUAGUCUAAAUUUUUUAACACAGCCACGCUGUGACUAUAGCGGUGCUGGUGAAUUUUUCUGUGUCGGCUGUUUUCGUCUAAAUGUUUGUUUGAUUUUCGGUUCACCACUAUUUGCUAUUUAGUGAAUAAAACCGAUUUUAAUCACGGUUUCAUCAGGCCAGAGCUAGCUGUUCAGUCCUUGGAAUUAAUAAUACCCUAUCUAAGCAACAACUGUUUUUAAUUGGCAGCCUGGAACGGAAGCUGCCAGAAAACAUGACACUGCUGUAAUUAAAAUGUUUUCCAUUUUAUUCUGGGAACUUGUCUUCUAUUAUGUAUUUUCAAACUAUAAAAAAAAUAUAUAUUUAUUUUCCUAGUACUCCACACCCAUAAUGAGGAGCAGAUCCCACAAUUAUUACAUAGAGUAAUUAAUUCCAGACAUUCAUGUUUAUGUACCAAGCAAUAAAAUCCAAAAAGGUCCAAGUGACUUAUGUAUAGAAUGUAAGCUCGUUUGAGCAGGACCGUCUUCAAUUCUUGUUUCUGUUAUAUUCAGUAUGUAAAUUACUUAUCAGAUAUUUCCAUUUUAUAAUUGUAACUCGCUGCGGAAUAUGUUGGCGCCCCAUAUAAAUGAUGAUAAUAUAGUUUAAUAACAUUUACCUGUACAUUAAUUAUAUUAAUUUAAACGUGUAUCUGACAUGCUUACCGUGACAUGGUGCCACUUUACAGAACAUGGGAUUUCCUUUAUACACAACCAAGCUGGUAGUGUAUAUAACGUAUAGAUUAAAAGUAAUUUAGAGUUCUAUUUAUUUACUUUAAUUAUUUUAUUGAGUGGUUCUGACAAACCAUACAAUAGUCAAAUAAACAGCAGACAUCAAAAUGUUUUAUUAUUUUGACCUGUCUGAGUUUUACUGUUAUGCCAUCGGCAUAGCAGUAAAGACUUCAUCUAAUCCACUCUCUGAUGCUAGUCGAUCCUUUCCAUUGUAUGCUGUGAAUGCAGAAGAAGUCUGCAGGGAGUGAUUUUAGGAUGUAAUCUAUACACUUAGCCAGUUUUAGUAUUUUGGUCUUAAAUUUACAAUUCCCUGCUGAUUUCCUGACAAUACAGGUUUAAGUAAGUAACCCUUUCAGUAUUUCAUGCAACUUGUUUCAUAAAAAUAAGCUUUAAAGGGACACUAUAGUCACCAGAACAACUACAGCUUAAUGUAGUUGUUUUGGUGAGUAUAACCUGUCCCUGUAGGCUUUUCAAUGUAAACGCUGCCUUUUCAGAAAAAAGACAGUGUUUACAUUGGUGCCUAGUAACACCUCUAGUGGCAGUCACUGCUUCCUGGGUCAGUGACGGGAUGGGGAGGGGCAACAAGCAGAGGCAGAGGGACACUAUUGUUCCUUUAACAGUACCUUGGUGUAAAAAGAAAGCCUGCAAGCCAGUUAGGUUACAAACUUUAAACUUGCAGAGGUCAGCAUACCAGGAGUCUGAAUUGGGAGCUAACCAAGGCUAUGAAACUGAAAUGAGGAAACAGAGUCAGGAAUCAAAACUAGAGUAAUAUGGAUAUAUAGGCCAAGAGUCACACCAACAAAUACAACAUACAGGAGCGUCAUUUCUACCAAGUGUAGUCAGAAUACUCACUAACCUGAGAACUGUCUGAAAUUCAAAGUGAAUUUCAAAAGUAAGGCCAAAUAGCUGAACUGGUGUGAUUCGGCUACUUCUUCGUUAAAUUUCCAAGUUUCCUUGAAUUCCUGACAAUUUUUAAUUUAGUGAACAACCCUGUUUGUGUGCUCUAUAUGCAAAAUUAGCACAAUCUGGCAUUGCCCCCUAUAUGUAACAGAAUAAGUGGGCAAUAUGAAAACAUGAGAAAUGUUGCAAUAUGGGGGCAAUAAAUUACUGGAUAAUUUUACUUGUGUAUUAUAUCAUUUGCAAGACCACCAACAAAUGCCACUGGUGCCACCCAGAGUUAAAUGGGAUGGAGGGGCGCACACGAACAAUGAGCAGGUCCGCCUGGUGUGAAUGCACGCUAGGGUCCCUGCCAAUCACUUAGGUUGACCCACUGAGGACAGACCAUGCAGGGUAACACAGUUUCAGUGAUACAGACCUAGUGCCCUUAGCAUAGCGCAAGCGUGUCUGUUGAUGAGCUCACUCUAUGCUUUUUUAGGGUAUAGUUUCCUUGUGUCCCCAAAAGAGGGAUACCAGGGAACAAACCCGGGACAACAGGACAGGACCCUUAAAUCAGGAUUGUCCCGCUAAAAUCAAGAUGUUUGGAAGGCCUGUCACUAAUCAGUUACUAAUUUUUUUUUUUUUAGUUCUGUAAGCAAGAAUCAACAAAGCGGUAAUUUAAAAAUUUAUAUGUUGUCAUGAAAAAAUUUAUUUUCAAAAUCAAAAACCCUCCCAAAAUAUUCUGGUGGUGAUUCAUUUCCAAAUCAUUUGCUCACUAAAAAAGUAAACCCCCCUCAACACUGCAAUCGGGUAUAAACAUUUUCAUUUAUCAGUAUUUUGCUGUAUGAAAUCUACCGUAGUCCAUAAAGCCUCACUCACCCUCAUUUAUACCUGAGUUAUGAUUACAAGCCUGUAGAGCAGUGGUUUUUAAAUCAGUACUCAAGACCCACCAACAGUCCAGGUUUUGUUAGUAUCUCCAUUGCAUAAAUCCUGGACUGUUGGUGGGCCAUGAGGACUGUUUUGAGAACCACUGCUGUAGAGGAAUGGAUUUCUGUGCCAGAAGCUAAUAACUAGGUCACUUUUAUAGUGCCUUUAAAUUUGCUGAAAAUGUUAACUCUUCCCCUGUUUGCAAACAGCAAAGGGGUUUUCAAUGGGUCAUAUCAUUCUGACAGUUAGGGAGUGGUGAGUUCUACCAUUUCACUGUCAGCAUUCUAUUAACAUUCCACAUAUUGAUAAAGGUUACUAAAGCAGUUUUAAAUACUUUUUUGAAAUAUGUGAUUUAGUGUAUGCAGGUAUUCUUUUUAUGUUCUGUUGCAAUUUUCAGCAAGCUAUCCUGCUAGUAAUUGCUUCAAGGUCCUUCCAAAUACCCAUAAGCAAUGUAUUUGACCAUUUUUAUUCAUCUAUUUUUGUCUCAACUUCUGUAUGUGAGAAAAAUUGCAUUUUUGCUCUUACACUGACAUUUCAGACCUCGUGUGAAAUAUUGUAAGAUCAAGGACACUUUAUAAUGCCUAAAGUGUUUAAUUUCCCAAAUAUAUAUAUAUAUAUAUAUAUAUAUAUAUAUAUAUUCUUUUUUUAAAAGGCUGAACAAACAAGUGAAAAAUAAAAAUGAUGUCAAUUUACAUAAUUGAAAUGUUAACAUUUGUCUGAAAAGCUAUAUAUACAUAAAAUCGCUGUGUUAUAUAUGUUCGGAUGCUAGCUAUGCAUACUUUGCUUAAAAUACAUGUAAUGCAAAUUUUUUUUUCCAAUCAAAAAGUAUUCGAAAAGUGAUUGCAUUGAUAAAGUCACAAGAAUUUGAAAUUUGGAUAAAAUCCCAGUAUAUAUUUAGUAUGGCAUAUUUAUCAUUUUGGCAUAACUUCCAACAUUCAGAUGAGUUAAACUAAAGCCACUGAGUAAACAACUCUGCAUGAUCAGUUUGUGCUUAAACAGAGCAAAUCAUUUUUCUGGUUUUCAUGGUGGUAGAACAACAUUUUGUACGAGAUGACCUCACCAACAAUCUAAAUGCCUUUCCUGUUCUGAAGAUCUAUCUAUCGUUUGGCCGAAGAGUCCCUCAAUGGGUGACAUCUACACAUUCGUCUGAACAGCUCUCAAAACUCCUUUUAAUCUUUGUCUUAUACGCACCCAUAUUAUUUUCCUAGAAUUUUUUUUAUUUAAUCUCCUUUGUAUUUGAACUUCAAUUACAAUUGUUUAAAAUGUUGUAUUUAACUUUAUAAUUAUAGUGUUAUUUUUUUUCUUUUGUUAUUAUGAACGAACUUAAAAGGACAUUGUUCACCUUUCAACAUCAGAAGGUGUCUUUCAUGUUCCCAUGCUUGUAAAGCCUACAGGGUAGUGCUGAGCAUAGAUCGUCUUUAAUCACUGAAUCUUAAUUGUAAAAAGUAAAAGCUUGCGUAUAUACAAGUAGAUCUCCUAAUGCACAAAGUACCAUUAAUGGGAAAUAUAGUUUUAUGCAGAGCUUGGUGGUAGGCUGUGUGAGUGUGUAAUUUGCCCAAAGAUUUACUCUCGUACACAUGUUGGUUAAUAUGAGCUUUAUGAAUUGGCAAAACUUAUAAAUCAGAAUCCUGAUUUUACUUUCUAUGAAGAUUAAGAGAUUGGACAGGAUAAAGACGAAUGUGGGUGGGAUGUUAAGAGAAGGAGUGGAAGUGGAUGAUAAAAGCUCAAGUAAUAAGCUCUUAAUGUUUGUGACUGUGUGAAAAAGAGAAAAUAACCCCAAAAUUAGACACAUUGAGAAAGGGUAAACGUUUACUAGCAUGCCUUAUGGGAAGGUCCCACUCAGGAUAUCUUAAACAAGUUGUAGCUUACUUAAAGGGACAUUAUAGUCACCAGAACAACUACAACUCAAUGGUGGCCAUGUUUACAUUGCUACUUAGGGACACCUUCAGUGGCCACUCCUCAGAUGACUACUAGAGAUGCUUCCUGGGUCAGUGCUGCACGUUCAGCGUCUCCAUGCUCUGCUUGAAUACAAGUGUUUGUUUCUAAUGCUAUAGUCUCCUACCAACUGCUUAGGGGUCAAUCCUCCGUGUCUUAUGAAAAAAAUAAAGCUAAUUUAUUAGCUUUUAGCCUUCAUUGCUCUGCUCAAUGCCUUUAGUGGGCCUAUAAAUGAAAUAAAAACAAAAGUGUAUGGGACUGUUCCCACCAAUAUGAACAGUCGAGAACAGACACACAGGCAAGUCCUGUUUAUUUGACUUGAAAAUUAUUUGUGAUUUAGUUUAUUUUGGCCUCGAUCUAUUAUUGUUGGAUAAGCUUUUAAAUUGAAUACAAAUACAAAAAGAAAAGUCCUGCGCUCACUCCCAUCACUCCUGCGUGGCAGCAACGACCACAGUACACAUCAGCUCCAAUACAUAUAGUAAAAACCAAAGAUAAAAAGUUACCUGCGCUCUCUCCUUAAUCCCUAUGUAUAUUUAAACAAAUGGAGGUCAUUUAGUUACUCCAAUGGCCACUGGAGGGAAUGCCUACCUGCCAACGUCAAGGCAGACUCCCCUAGAUGGGUCCUACUCUGACCCUUCACCUUGCUUCCUUGAGCUUCUGGCAAAGAUAUCUCUAAUGAGAGAGAGAGUGGUAUUUUUUAUAUACACCCCUAUAUACUUACAUACUUAUUAACCCUUAAUAGGGAACACAUGGGAUGGGCGGUAGCAUUGUAACUUACCUGUGUGAUACAAAAAGUGAAUACAAAUACAAAAAUUUGUAUUUGUAUUCACUUUUUGUAUCACACAGCUAGGUUACAAUGCUGCCGCCCAUCCCAUCUGUUCCCUAUUAAGGGUUAAUAAGUAUAUAGGGGUGUAUAUAAAAAAUACCCCUUUCUGUCUCAUUAGAGAUAUCUUUGCCAGAAGAUCAAGGAAGCAAGGUGAAGGGUCAGAGUAGGACCCGUCUAGGAGGGUCUGACUUGACCUUGGCAGGUGGGCAUUCCUUCCAGCGGCCAUUGAAGCAACUAAAUUACCUCCAUUUGUUUAAAUAUACAUAGGGAUUAAGGAGAGAGCGCAAGCUUUUAAAUUGAUUUCAUAUUUUUUGGAUUCAUUUUGUAAUAUUUUGAUAGCUUUUGAUAUAUUGAGAGAGAGACUUUUUAAAUGAUUUAUCUACACAAAUUCCCAUAGACUUUAGAUGUGACUUCUGCAGAUAAAUCUUGAAAAUGUUGUGAUCAUUCAUGAUGCUGAUUCAAGCAAAUUAAUUAAAUAAAGAAAGGCCUUGAUGUUUAGGUGACAUCUAGUGGCCUGUAGGAGAACAUCAAUGUAUUAAAAACUUUUAAAAAGAAAUAACUAACACAGAAAAUUUAUUGGAUCACCCCUUUUACGGGCAGACCAACUCCUGUUUGGCCCCCUCCUUGCAAAUGGAUAUGGUUCUGAACAAUGAACGAUUAUCAGUAUUAAUAUGUACUGGUAACACUUUGGGGAACACUCUUUUGGUAACAUUUUGGGUAACAUGUCAGUUUUAGUAUUUUGGUCUUAAAUUUACAAUUCCCUGCUGAUUUCCUGACAAUACAGGUUUAAGUAAGUAACCCUUUCAGUAUUUCAUGCAACUUGUUUCAUAAAAAUAAGCUUUAAAGGGACACUAUAGUCACCAGAACAACUACAGCUUAAUGUAGUUGUUUUGGUGAGUAUAACCUGUCCCUGUAGGCUUUUCAAUGUAAACGCUGCCUUUUCAGAAAAAAGACAGUGUUUACAUUGGUGCCUAGUAACACCUCUAGUGGCAGUCACUGCUUCCUGGGUCAGUGACGGGAUGGGGAGGGGCAACAAGCAGAGGCAGAGGGACACUAUUGUUCCUUUAACAGUACCUUGGUGUAAAAAGAAAGCCUGCAAGCCAGUUAGGUUACAAACUUUAAACUUGCAGAGGUCAGCAUACCAGGAGUCUGAAUUGGGAGCUAACCAAGGCUAUGAAACUGAAAUGAGGAAACAGAGUCAGGAAUCAAAACUAGAGUAAUAUGGAUAUAUAGGCCAAGAGUCACACCAACAAAUACAACAUACAGGAGCGUCAUUUCUACCAAGUGUAGUCAGAAUACUCACUAACCUGAGAACUGUCUGAAAUUCAAAGUGAAUUUCAAAAGUAAGGCCAAAUAGCUGAACUGGUGUGAUUCGGCUACUUCUUCGUUAAAUUUCCAAGUUUCCUUGAAUUCCUGACAAUUUUUAAUUUAGUGAACAACCCUGUUUGUGUGCUCUAUAUGCAAAAUUAGCACAAUCUGGCAUUGCCCCCUAUAUGUAACAGAAUAAGUGGGCAAUAUGAAAACAUGAGAAAUGUUGCAAUAUGGGGGCAAUAAAUUACUGGAUAAUUUUACUUGUGUAUUAUAUCAUUUGCAAGACCACCAACAAAUGCCACUGGUGCCACCCAGAGUUAAAUGGGAUGGAGGGGCGCACACGAACAAUGAGCAGGUCCGCCUGGUGUGAAUGCACGCUAGGGUCCCUGCCAAUCACUUAGGUUGACCCACUGAGGACAGACCAUGCAGGGUAACACAGUUUCAGUGAUACAGACCUAGUGCCCUUAGCAUAGCGCAAGCGUGUCUGUUGAUGAGCUCACUCUAUGCUUUUUUAGGGUAUAGUUUCCUUGUGUCCCCAAAAGAGGGAUACCAGGGAACAAACCCGGGACAACAGGACAGGACCCUUAAAUCAGGAUUGUCCCGCUAAAAUCAAGAUGUUUGGAAGGCCUGUCACUAAUCAGUUACUAAUUUUUUUUUUUUUAGUUCUGUAAGCAAGAAUCAACAAAGCGGUAAUUUAAAAAUUUAUAUGUUGUCAUGAAAAAAUUUAUUUUCAAAAUCAAAAACCCUCCCAAAAUAUUCUGGUGGUGAUUCAUUUCCAAAUCAUUUGCUCACUAAAAAAGUAAACCCCCCUCAACACUGCAAUCGGGUAUAAACAUUUUCAUUUAUCAGUAUUUUGCUGUAUGAAAUCUACCGUAGUCCAUAAAGCCUCACUCACCCUCAUUUAUACCUGAGUUAUGAUUACAAGCCUGUAGAGCAGUGGUUUUUAAAUCAGUACUCAAGACCCACCAACAGUCCAGGUUUUGUUAGUAUCUCCAUUGCAUAAAUCCUGGACUGUUGGUGGGCCAUGAGGACUGUUUUGAGAACCACUGCUGUAGAGGAAUGGAUUUCUGUGCCAGAAGCUAAUAACUAGGUCACUUUUAUAGUGCCUUUAAAUUUGCUGAAAAUGUUAACUCUUCCCCUGUUUGCAAACAGCAAAGGGGUUUUCAAUGGGUCAUAUCAUUCUGACAGUUAGGGAGUGGUGAGUUCUACCAUUUCACUGUCAGCAUUCUAUUAACAUUCCACAUAUUGAUAAAGGUUACUAAAGCAGUUUUAAAUACUUUUUUGAAAUAUGUGAUUUAGUGUAUGCAGGUAUUCUUUUUAUGUUCUGUUGCAAUUUUCAGCAAGCUAUCCUGCUAGUAAUUGCUUCAAGGUCCUUCCAAAUACCCAUAAGCAAUGUAUUUGACCAUUUUUAUUCAUCUAUUUUUGUCUCAACUUCUGUAUGUGAGAAAAAUUGCAUUUUUGCUCUUACACUGACAUUUCAGACCUCGUGUGAAAUAUUGUAAGAUCAAGGACACUUUAUAAUGCCUAAAGUGUUUAAUUUCCCAAAUAUAUAUAUAUAUAUAUAUAUAUAUAUAUAUAUAUUUCUUUUUUUAAAAGGCUGAACAAACAAGUGAAAAAUAAAAAUGAUGUCAAUUUACAUAAUUGAAAUGUUAACAUUUGUCUGAAAAGCUAUAUAUACAUAAAAUCGCUGUGUUAUAUAUGUUCGGAUGCUAGCUAUGCAUACUUUGCUUAAAAUACAUGUAAUGCAAAUUUUUUUUUCCAAUCAAAAAGUAUUCGAAAAGUGAUUGCAUUGAUAAAGUCACAAGAAUUUGAAAUUUGGAUAAAAUCCCAGUAUAUAUUUAGUAUGGCAUAUUUAUCAUUUUGGCAUAACUUCCAACAUUCAGAUGAGUUAAACUAAAGCCACUGAGUAAACAACUCUGCAUGAUCAGUUUGUGCUUAAACAGAGCAAAUCAUUUUUCUGGUUUUCAUGGUGGUAGAACAACAUUUUGUACGAGAUGACCUCACCAACAAUCUAAAUGCCUUUCCUGUUCUGAAGAUCUAUCUAUCGUUUGGCCGAAGAGUCCCUCAAUGGGUGACAUCUACACAUUCGUCUGAACAGCUCUCAAAACUCCUUUUAAUCUUUGUCUUAUACGCACCCAUAUUAUUUUCCUAGAAUUUUUUUUAUUUAAUCUCCUUUGUAUUUGAACUUCAAUUACAAUUGUUUAAAAUGUUGUAUUUAACUUUAUAAUUAUAGUGUUAUUUUUUUUCUUUUGUUAUUAUGAACGAACUUAAAAGGACAUUGUUCACCUUUCAACAUCAGAAGGUGUCUUUCAUGUUCCCAUGCAUGUAAAGCCUACAGGGUAGUGCUGAGCAUAGAUCGUCUUUAAUCACUGAAUCUUAAUUGUAAAAAGUAAAAGCUUGCGUAUAUACAAGUAGAUCUCCUAAUGCACAAAGUACCAUUAAUGGGAAAUAUAGUUUUAUGCAGAGCUUGGUGGUCGGCUGUGUGAGUGUGUAAUUUGCCCAAAGAUUUACUCUCGUACACAUGUUGGUUAAUAUGAGCUUUAUGAAUUGGCAAAACUUAUAAAUCAGAAUCCUGAUUUUACUUUCUAUGAAGAUUAAGAGAUUGGACAGGAUAAAGACGAAUGUGGGUGGGAUGUUAAGAGAAGGAGUGGAAGUGGAUGAUAAAAGCUCAAGUAAUAAGCUCUUAAUGUUUGUGACUGUGUGAAAAAGAGAAAAUAACCCCAAAAUUAGACACAUUGAGAAAGGGUAAACGUUUACUAGCAUGCCUUAUGGGAAGGUCCCACUCAGGAUAUCUUAAACAAGUUGUAGCUUACUUAAAGGGACAUUAUAGUCACCAGAACAACUACAACUCAAUGGUGGCCAUGUUUACAUUGCUACUUAGGGACACCUUCAGUGGCCACUCCUCAGAUGACUACUAGAGAUGCUUCCUGGGUCAGUGCUGCACGUUCAGCGUCUCCAUGCUCUGCUUGAAUACAAGUGUUUGUUUCUAAUGCUAUAGUCUCCUACCAACUGCUUAGGGGUCAAUCCUCCGUGUCUUAUGAAAAAAAUAAAGCUAAUUUAUUAGCUUUUAGCCUUCAUUGCUCUGCUCAAUGCCUUUAGUGGGCCUAUAAAUGAAAUAAAAACAAAAGUGUAUGGGACUGUUCCCACCAAUAUGAACAGUCGAGAACAGACACACAGGCAAGUCCUGUUUAUUUGACUUGAAAAUUAUUUGUGAUUUAGUUUAUUUUGGCCUCGAUCUAUUAUUGUUGGAUAAGCUUUUAAAUUGAAUACAAAUACAAAAAGAAAAGUCCUGCGCUCACUCCCAUCACUCCUGCGUGGCAGCAACGACCACAGUACACAUCAGCUCCAAUACAUAUAGUAAAAACCAAAGAUAAAAAGUUACCUGCGCUCUCUCCUUAAUCCCUAUGUAUAUUUAAACAAAUGGAGGUCAUUUAGUUACUCCAAUGGCCACUGGAGGGAAUGCCUACCUGCCAACGUCAAGGCAGACUCCCCUAGAUGGGUCCUACUCUGACCCUUCACCUUGCUUCCUUGAGCUUCUGGCAAAGAUAUCUCUAAUGAGAGAGAGAGUGGUAUUUUUUAUAUACACCCCUAUAUACUUACAUACUUAUUAACCCUUAAUAGGGAACACAUGGGAUGGGCGGUAGCAUUGUAACUUACCUGUGUGAUACAAAAAGUGAAUACAAAUACAAAAAUUUGUAUUUGUAUUCACUUUUUGUAUCACACAGCUAGGUUACAAUGCUGCCGCCCAUCCCAUCUGUUCCCUAUUAAGGGUUAAUAAGUAUAUAGGGGUGUAUAUAAAAAAUACCCCUUUCUGUCUCAUUAGAGAUAUCUUUGCCAGAAGAUCAAGGAAGCAAGGUGAAGGGUCAGAGUAGGACCCGUCUAGGAGGGUCUGACUUGACCUUGGCAGGUGGGCAUUCCUUCCAGCGGCCAUUGAAGCAACUAAAUUACCUCCAUUUGUUUAAAUAUACAUAGGGAUUAAGGAGAGAGCGCAAGCUUUUAAAUUGAUUUCAUAUUUUUUGGAUUCAUUUUGUAAUAUUUUGAUAGCUUUUGAUAUAUUGAGAGAGAGACUUUUUAAAUGAUUUAUCUACACAAAUUCCCAUAGACUUUAGAUGUGACUUCUGCAGAUAAAUCUUGAAAAUGUUGUGAUCAUUCAUGAUGCUGAUUCAAGCAAAUUAAUUAAAUAAAGAAAGGCCUUGAUGUUUAGGUGACAUCUAGUGGCCUGUAGGAGAACAUCAAUGUAUUAAAAACUUUUAAAAAGAAAUAACUAACACAGAAAAUUUAUUGGAUCACCCCUUUUACGGGCAGACCAACUCCUGUUUGGCCCCCUCCUUGCAAAUGGAUAUGGUUCUGAACAAUGAACGAUUAUCAGUAUUAAUAUGUACUGGUAACACUUUGGGGAACACUCUUUUGGUAACAUUUUGGGUAACAUGUUCUGGUAACAUUGUGAGCAGUAUGUAUUGGUAACAUUGUGGGCAGUGUGUACUGGUAACAUUGUGGGCAGUGUGUAUUGGUAACAUUGUGGGCAGUGUGUACUGGUAACAUUGUGGGCAGUGUGUAUUGGUAACAUUGUGGGCAGUAUGUAUUGGUAACAUUGUUAUGGGCUAUAUGUAUUGGUAACAUUGUGGGCAGUGUGCAUUGGUAACAUUGUGAGCAGUGUGUAUUGGUAACAUUGUGGGCAGUAUGUAUUGGUAACAUUGUGAGCAGUAUGUGUUGUAACAUCGUGAGCAGUAUGUAUUGGUAACAUUGUGAGCAGUGUGUAUUGGUAACAUUGUGAGCAGUAUGUAUUGGUAACAUUGUGGGCAGUAUGUAUUGGUAACAUUGUGCGCAGUGUGUAUUGGUAACAUUGUGGGCAGUAUGUAUUGGUAACAUUGUGAGCAGUGUGUAUUGGUAACAUUGUGGGCAGUGUAUAUUGGUAACAUUGUGGGCAGUGUGUACUGGUAACAUUGUGGGGAGUAUGUAUUGGUAACAUUGUGGGCAGUAUGUAUUGGUAACAUUGUUAUGGGCUAUAUGUAUUGGUAACAUUGUGGGCAGUAUGUAUUGGUAACAUUGUGGGCAGUGUGUAUUGGUAACAUUGUGGGCAGUGUGUAUUGGUAACAUUGUGGGCAGUGUGUAUUGGUAACAUAGUGGGGAGUGUGUAUUGGUAACAUUGUGGGGAGUAUGUAUUGGUAACAUUGUGCGCAGUGUGUAUUGGUAACAUUGUGGGCAGUAUGUAUUGGUAACAUUGUUAUGGGCUAUAUGUAUUGGUAACAUUGUGAGCGGUGUGUAUUGGUAACAUUGUGGGCAGUAUGUAUUGGUAACAUUGUGGGCAGUGUGUAUUGGUAACAUUGUGGGCAGUAUGUAUUGGUAACAUUGUUAUGGGCUAUAUGUAUUGGUAACAUUGUGAGCAGUGUGUAUUGGUAACAUUGUGGGCAGUAUGUAUUCGUAACAUUGUGGGCAGUGUGUAUUGGUAACAUUGAGCUUGCACACACCAUAACAAUUAAGCAACGCUGAUUUUUCUUGAAAUGAUCCAUUUCUAUUUUGCCCUGUUUUUCUUUAGAUACAGUUGGGGAAAACUGACAAAAUAGAAUUUGUAAAUUUUAGGCAAAAAUUGCUGAGAUGCUGAUUUUUUUAAGACUAUUUUUGCUUAAAUUGUGCAAUUUUUUUUUUCUUAAUUCUCUGAAUGUAUUGCCUGUAUGAAUAAACCCCUCCAUUGUUUUAAAGUAAACCCUGCACCUUUUAAUCCUUUUAACUUGCCUGUGUUAUUUCUUUUAUGUGUAAGAAUUGUUUGAGUUCAGGUUUAAUACAAUUGGUUAUUUUUUGUCAUGUGUAUUCUGUGUUUUCACCACUAGAGGGCUGUUUCUCUAUAAAUGUAAAACUGAAAUUAUUCUGCAAAGGUAAAAUAUAGAUUAUAUAUAGAUAUAGACUCUAUAUGUCAAUUAUUGAGCUGUGUUAUUGAACCACAUCCUGUAACAACCAUUUCAAAGCACACAAGGGGCCAGAUAUUGAAUAGCUGUCUUCCUCAUACGUAAGAGAAUUCUGGGGAAAAUGACAGCUGCUCAUUUUUAUAACAUGUAGGUGAUGUCCAACCAGAAGACCCCACACAUCACAUCAUAAACACACUUAUAAAAUAUUGUCAGCUGAAACAUUUAGGGGCAGAAAAAUAGUAUAAAUACUUUGAAGAUACAUUUACCAACAUUGCAUAAACUGAUAUCAAAGAUAUAUUGUACUUUAAAUUAAUCUGGUAGCUCCAUCAGAUGAGUUGAGUGUAUUUGAUGGCUGUAUUAUACCGCAUUGCCAUAUAAAUGUGCUCUGGACUCCUAGAUUUUGCUGGUGGAUAUCUCAGCAUUACUUGGGUAGACCCAGCCAAGAUGGUGGCAGGAGCACUCGAAGUGGUAGAGGUUAACACAGUAAAGGAGUUGAAUCAUGCGUGGGAUAGGCAUAAGGCUAUCCUAACUAUAAGAUAAGACUAGGGACUAAUGAAAGUAUUUAGAAAAUUAGGCAGACUAGAUGGGCCGAAUGGUUCUUAUCUGCCGUCACAUUCUAUGUUUCUAUGUUUCGAUGCAAUAUACGUUAAGCACCAAACCACUUAAAUCAUCUGUUAACUCUAAAGAAGCGAUAUGCAUCAUCGGUAGACUCGAUAUGCGUCAUCGUUACUCCCGGCGCUUCUUGUGUUCAGAUAUGUGGCCUUUUUUUAACCUUUUUAUGUUCCUACAUUUGUCUAUACCUAUGUGGUCUGACCCCUGUCAUGUAUGAUUAAUGUUCUUUUGAAUCACCUUUCAUGGAAAUUCCUUGUGAAGCUUUGUUGGAUGCUAAAUGAGUGCUGUUGAAGUUGUUUUGCUUUAGUCCGCUGUAGUGGUUAUGGUUUUAGCAUACACCAUAACUGGAUAUAUUUGUACUGUGGAAGCCAGGAAAAUUUAUACUGUAAAAGUUGGGUGUACUUUCUACUAUAUAUGGAGGGGUUGUUCCACCGGUGCCUGGAGACCGUUGGUUUGUGUCAAAUAACACAAAAGCAGUUGGACACAAAACCAGGGGAUGGCACCAGGGGGAUGUUGGCUCCAUAACCAAGGGGUUUAAUGGCUGUGUUACGAGGCAACAAAUAAGGGAUUUGCUUAACCCUCACCAUUCAGAUGUAAAAGAGGUUAUGGGUGUGUGAUGACUCUUAUAAUUUAAAGCAGGGUUCUCCAAACUCUGGUCCUCCAGAUGUUGCUGAACUAGAACCCCCAAUGAUUCUUUUGAGUUAAAUAGAUAGCAAUAGAGUUUUGGGGAUCAUGCUUUAAAGGGACACUAUAGUCACCUGAACAACUUUAGCUUAAUGAAGCAGUUUUGGUGUAUAGAACAUGCCCCUGCAGCCUCACUGCUCAUUAUUCUGCCAUUUAGGAGUUAAAUCCCUUUUGUUUAUGAACCCUAGUCACACCUCCCUGCAUGUGACUUGCACAGCCUUCCAUAAACACUUCCUGUAAAGAGAGCCCUAUUUAGGCUUUCUUUAUUGCAAGUUCUGUUUAAUUAAGAUUUUCUUAUUCCCUGCUAUGUUAAUAGCUUGCUAGACCCUGCAAGAGCCUCCUGUAAAGUUCAAUUUAGAGAUUGAGAUACAAUUAUUUAAGGUAAAUUACAUCUGUUUGAAAGUGAAACCAGUUUUUUUUUUUUUCAUGCAGGCUCUGUCAAUCAUAGCCAGGGGAGGUGUGGCUAGGGCUGCAUAAACAGAAACAAAGUGAUUGAACUCCUAAAUGACAGUGAAUUGAGCAGUGAAAUUGCAGGGGAAUGAUCUAUACACUAAAACUACUUUAUUUAGCUAAAGUAAUUUAGGUGACUAUAGUGUUCCUUUAACCCCUUAAGGACACAUGACAUGUGUGACAUGUCAUGAUUCCCUUUUAUUCCAGAAGUCUGGUCCUUAAGGGGUUAAAGGAACACUGUAGCAUUCGUAAUAUAUAUCUGUAUUCCUAACGCUACAGUCUUGAUGUCCCUAGCUAGUUCAGGGCCGCCCCACAUGUUUAGAAACAAAAAAAAUGAUCUCCUUUUCUCCAGUGUCUCCAGUAUGAUGGCCCAGUCCAAUACUCCUCAUGGAGGAGCAUUUGGGAAUGUAGGCACAUUGAAAGCAGUACACAUAUGGGCUACUUUCGGAGAUGUUAUUGGCUCCGCUAUAUAUACUCCAACCCAUCAGUACCAGGUGAACAACUGUAAAAUGCCAGACUCAGAAAAGCUUCAUCCCUAUUAACUGAAAAUAUGCCUAAUGAACAUCUGGCUUCCUCUGCAAACAUCACAUUUAGAAACAUGGCCGCAUUAGGUCAUUAUUAAUUUAUGUGAUGCCGUAUUGUACUUUUCCUGAACUUAAUGAUGUCGAGAAAGAAGCUCUGUAAUGCCAAAUCAAGUUAGGGUUGAUCUUGCGUCACCAGAUCUGGCGAUGAGUUUGAGCAAUAUUACUACAAUUAAUCUCAGAGCUACAAUGUAAUUAUAUGUCCGAGAUAAAAAAUGGCCACUUGUUUUACAAAUGUGAUAAGUUGAUUUGAAAAAUAUGUAAGAUACGUAUUGUCUUAAAGGAAUGUUUCACAGACGUAACCUCUAUAUUAUGAUAUUACAAUUUUUUUACCCCAACCCCUUGAAAAUGGUUUAAAAAAUUUAGGGAGCGCACCCAUAGCAAAUAAUAACUACUGUAUUACAAUGCACUGCAGUGGUUAUGGUGCUUGGGGUGUCACUUUAGUUUUCUUUUUUUUAAAGGAUUUAUUUAAUUAGAUCUCUCUGAUUUAUGCUUGAGUUGCAGUAUGUACAACAUAUGUAAGAUUUUGUUUGUUGAUUCAUUUUUUCGGAUGGAGUUUGCAAAUCCUAUAAUGAUGACAAGUUGCUUUUUGAGAUGAUGUAGUCUGUUACUAGGGGGUUUGGCUGGUCUAGAGCGCAUAACUUGAGCUUGGGGCUCAGUGUUUUUUCCAGACAGAUCUGUUGAAAUGUCUAUUCAUGGUGACAAGCCUUCAAAGAAAUCACAUCUUCAAAUGUCCGUCAUUAGACUUCUUUUCGUGCUGGCCAGUGACCUGGAAUACAAAUGUCUGGAGUGUUCUCGGCUAAUCCAGCCUGCCUUCCCCUCUUCGGGCACAUUCUACAUCUUUAGUAUAAUGAGCAGGCUGUGGGGUUUGCAUUCCAGUGGGUGCUAUAUACUGCACUGGCCUAUAUCAAUUGCUUACAUCUGCCUAUCUUGCAAUAUCAAGCGACUACAACUUUAUUUAAAGAGAUACUCCAAUCAUAUCUAGAGGACGCUGUACUGGUUAUGAAUGUAUGCUGGCCCUGCUUCAUGGUAAUGGGGCAAAUCGUUUUGCAACAGUUUGCCCUCUUACCUGGGUCCCAGCCAUGCACAGAGUAUCCUUACAGCUCUGGUGAUGUUCAUGCGGCUUCUAUUGUGAAAUAUGCUGUUCUUUAUUUAUAACGUUAGUUUAUUCACACUAUCUUAUCGUCUCUCUCUACAAAUCAUGCAUAAUGUGUGGUCUGGUCAUGAUGUGUGCUGGCAUCUUUCAACCAACCAUUUUUCUUAAAGGAACACCACAGCAUUGGGUAUACAAAUUUGUAUUCCUAAAGCUAUAUUGCCCUAGUCCCUAUUUAGAAUAGAAAUCCACUUUGCAGCCUAAAUUAUUACUUACAAUUCUGUUAAAAAUACAUCUACAGCAUUUUAGAUCUGCAGAACCCAUAGAUACAAUUUAAAUGGUUCAAGCACAAUAAAAGGAAUGAAUGCAGCCGUAUUUAGUAUCAAGACAGGAGCUUCCGUCGAAUUUAACUAGGAAUUAAGGCCUCUAGUAGUUUUUCUGGUUCCAAACACCCACAAAGUCUGGUUACAGGUUCUUAAACCAGAGACACUCACUCCCAUUAUUUCAUUAUACUGUUGUCCACUGGUUCAUUUCAGCAAUUAAAGAGGAUAGUAGUAUAGCUGGAAAAUAUAAUGUGAUAUUUUAUUACUGCAAAAACUCAUGUAUAAAAUAUACACCCCUGUGACACAACGUGUAAACAUUACAUCAGCAUUAGUCCAUAUUGUUUUCUCCGUCUGCCCGGAGAACCUUAUUUGACUGGCAAAUUAAUCUCGUGGUUAAGUACACUUUCCAGGAGGCUUCCUGCUGCACUUGACUAGGUCAUGUUAAAGCGAGAUACACAAUGGUGGAGAUCUGUGCAUCGCAGCAUCAGCGGACAGCAAGCCUGCUCUUACUGAGUCAUUGCAUUUCAGAUAUCAUAGCUUGCUUGAGCAGCGCAGCUUCUCUUGUAAGUGGCUAAACACACUGUCUGGGAUGGGAACUGCAAUAUACAAGCUAUCUAGCAAGAUCAAAGUCCAGGUCAAGAAAUCGAAAUCCUCAGGUAUGUAGGUUUAUUGAUAAUUGCCUUAAAUUAACCAUCACAUACGGUAAUACAUAAUGAUGGCCAUAAUGAGUGUCUGUGUCUUUGGGGUAAUAAUGUCUGGGGCAUCUGAUAUGAAAUCUAGAAUGCCUACGUGACGGUGUAAGGAAAGAUAUUAGGAAAUAGUGGCUUCCGAUUCCGAAUUGAUCAGCCAAAGAUUUUGUUUUGUUCAUUGUCCUGUCAUUGUGACCAGUCAGUAUUUAUGUAGACGUAAUACUUUCUUGUUGAAAACACAAAACACAGUUGUGUGAGUUUUCCUUUAAUUUGCGGUGUGAUUUUAGAAUUGUGUUAAUGUUAUUUCUUUAAGUACAUAAUCUCUUUAUGCUUUGAAAUUCACUGUUUGGGUCGUUAGGAAUGUGUUGCUUAAUGAAAGAAUUGACACUGUAGCUCUUGGAUCAGAUACAAUGAUACAAUUCAUUAUCCCAGAUUAACGUAUAGCUUUACUUAAGACCCCCUCUGUUUUGAUGGGACGGCCACACCGUAAUAUGAUGUUUGAUUUUUACAUUUUGAUACAUUAGGAAACUUUCCAUUUAUUUCUAUACACUUUGCUAUCUGAAGAUAUAUAUAUAUAUAUUUAUCAUUGUUAAGUUUACAUCAUUAUGCUUGAAUAUACUUAUAAAUCUCUUGAAAACUGAAAUAUGCAUAAUCAUUGUGAUCUGCUCUGCGUCUCUCUCGUUCAUCCUAUAUGAUAUAACGAUUCAUACACCACGCUAAAUUAUAAAUGAGAGACAUGGCAGUGAUGUGCGCUAAAUGGACUUCCUGAUUUUAUUACGAGCAUUGGGUUUCUGUGUACGUGGGAUAGUAGCCUUGUGAAAUUUAAAGUGUACGUGUCAUGGGAAAAUAUAACUUACUCUUAAAUGAAAGAGAAUUCUGUUUCAUCUUUACUUUGCAUUAGAAGAAAUGCUAAAAAUAUAUCUUUUUAAAAUCAGAACUGGUUAUAGGCUGUUAAACAAACAGAACAGAGCUAACAGAAUAGGGUUAUCAUAGGCCAGGCUUCCCUAAACUCCGGCCCUCCAGAUGUUGCUGAACUACAAAUCCCAUGAUUCUAUGAAUGAAAUGGAUAGGCUGAGAAUCAUGGGAGUUGUAGUUUAGCAACAUCUGGAGGGCCGGAGUUUGGGGAAGCCUGUUAUAGGCCAGGGCUAAGCAACCUUCAGCAUUCCUGAUGCUGUGGACUACAUCUCUCAUAAUGCUCCUACAGCCAUAAUGCUGGUAAAGCAUCAGGUGAGAUGUAGUCUAAGGUUGCCUACCCCUGGCCUAUGAUAGCCCUGUGCUGUUGGGUCUCAGUUGCUUUCAGUGUUUUCUAUCGUACAUGUGUGUUAGUGAAAUACAUUUCCUCUGUGAGACCCUCCUAGGUCAUCUCUUAUGUAAGUGAGAUCAGCGUUUAUAAUAAGCAUUACAGGGAAUGGUACAAAUGAAAUUGAGUAAUCCCAUAACUGAUGAUUCCAUAUGCCCAAAGAAUAAUAGAGAAUGUGUCAGCUCUUAUAAACAGCAUUUCUGAACUUCAAAAACUUGGUCAGAUAAAGAUGGCUUGCAAGUGUUCAUACCCACUGGAUGAGAAGAAUCCCACUUUCACUGGGCUGUAGAGACUAGCCUUUUCAUUUAAAAAAAAAAAUAAAUGUAUAUGAAGUUGGGUGAGACAACAUUUAUGUUAUAUAGACUGCUGUUCAGGGAUAUAAAAAAUAAAUAAAUAUAUACCGUAUAUACUUGUGUAUAAGCCAACUUUUUCAGCACAUUUUUUAUGCUGAAAAAGCCUCCCUCGUCUCCGGUGCAAUGCGGGUGUUCUCCGGUCUCUCAGUGAGGAAUGUGGAUGUGCACUGGCCGCCGCCAUUUUGAGGCACUAAAUACCCCAUGCCACCUCAGGACAUUAUGGCCCACAGAUUGGUGGUAGGUAUCAGGGACUGCAGUGGUGGUGAUCCCCUCACCCCCCGUUCCAGAGGGGAGAUAAACGAGCUCUCAAUCCAGCCUGCAGGGUCCUGCCAUAUGUAUUAUAUAUUUAGUUAACUAUUUUAGUUCACCCUUUUUUGUUUGAAGCUAUCCACAAUAUAUGUAACAUCUUAAGAGGUGUCAGGUGCCAGAAGAUGGCAGAUGGCAGAAUUAAAGGAGAUGUUCCUUCAUCAGGUCUCCUUCACAAAUGAGAUUGCAUGCAGGAGAGAAGCAGAGGUUUCUGGCAAUGUAGAAGACAAUCCCUCUCCAUGUCAAGGAGUAGAAGGAUUUUAUGUUAACAGAAUGUCUGGGGCUAUCAGGUCAUCAUUACGGGGUAUGAAACCAGUAUGAUCAUCUUGGGCUAGGGGAACAGGUAUGUGACUGAUUGAUAGUUAACUUUUUGUGAAUGUUCUCGCGUAUAUAAUGUAGACAAUAUCCGCUUGAUACAUUCAGGAACGUCCCUACCCACUUACAAAAACAACUCUUGUAGAUAAAAUGCUCUUCAAGAGGAUGAGGAGAUUCCUUGAGGGAAAACGUUGAUAGGAUAGACUGGAUGAGGUUUGUUUUUUGUAAGCAACCUGGCCCAGAUUUUCAAUGUAUAGUGCAGUCUCAUACAGGUUGAUAGCUUGACUGACUUUAAUUGAUGGUUCAUUGUAACAUGUGUUACCAAUAUUCACCCCUAUCAGUGAUGUAUUUUAAUGUUGUUCCAUGGAUUGGUUGGGUUAGUCAGAGCUGUACAUCAUUGCUGUGUUAGAGGCACGUAUCUAUUGUAUUAUUUCCAGGCACACGUUGGCCUUGCUUUCCCAUGUGACCUGGAUCAGUCAGCUAACCCAGCAGCAAUGACGUACAUGCUCAGAACUCAGAAUCUGUUGGUAGUGAGGCUAAUCAACAAUACCUUCCCUCAUCCCAUGUUAAAUCUGGGCCGUUUUGAAAUCAGACUUCAAUGUAGCAUCUUUGGAUAUAUUGAAACAUUAUAUAUUUAAAUGAUGCAAUGUUUGUUUAUAAACCCAUUUCCGGUACACUGUCAUUAAAAGGAACACUUGUGAUUUUUCCAGAACAUAAAAACCUACAUUAUUAAUAAGUAGGAUUUAAAGACGAAAGAUAUCCAUGGAUGCAGAACAUAUAAAAGUAUAUAUAACGUAUAUAAAAAUUAGCUUCAUCAUCAGCAACAAGCCUGGAAUCACUUUAAAAAUAUAUAUAUAAAUAAUAAUUUCACCAUAAAGGAUGAAAAGUUUGCUGUAAUAUGCGUUUAUUGAACUUGCAUAAAUAUUGUCUGCUAAUUCACAAGCGAGAAAAGAAUUUACAUCUCUAAAUCAAACAGAGACAAUCCAGGGUUAGUAAGCAGCUGGUUACUAAGAUUGCAGUCUGUGCCAUGUGUUUGCUGGUACUCCGCUAAAGCAUGCUGCUUAUAUUUCAUGGAAAGCCUGUGUAUAUUAAAUUUGCUUACAGUUUGAUCAGAGUGUUAUGUGUUUACAUAGCUAAAUGUAAUUAAUCUUAAAGGGACACUAUAGUCCCCAGAACAACUACAGCUUAAUGUAGUUGUUCUGGUGAGUAUAAUCAUUCCCUGCAGGCAUUUCCAUCUAAACACUGCCUUUUUUAGAGAAAAUGCAGUAUUUACUUUGCCCCCUAGGGAUGCAUACAGUGGUCACUCCUCAGAUGGCUGCCGGAGGUGCUUCCUGGGUCAGUGCUGCACAAUGUGCAGCACUUCCGUUCAGCAUCAUGGAGACACUGAAUUUUCCUCAUAGAGAUGCACUGAAUCCCGCCUCCUUGCCGAUGUCAGCCAAUCCAAUGCUUUCCCAUAGGAAGUCCCUCUAGGAGCUGUACGACUGCUACUAGAGGUGUCUUAGGGAUCAGUGUAAACACUGCACAGAAAGGACCGUGUUUACAGUGCAGAGACAGGACCUUUGCACCAAAACCUUUAGGUUGUAUUGCAUAGAGUUCUCUUCAAAGGAAAUACACACAGGCAGAGAGAAGCAUCAUCAUUAUUCAUAAGGAAUAUAUGGAUAUUUAAAUCAAAUGAAAAAUUAUACUUUGAUAAAAGUAUUUUCAGUUUUGAAAAUAUCCUAUUAACCUGUACUUUUCUCUUCACCUGCAGAUUGUAAAUACACGUGUCAUUCUCACUGCAAAGACAAAGUACACCUGAACUGUGAACCGAAUGUGAAAUUAAUGGAAUGUAUACCUACUUAUGAACCGCUGGACAAUUCCAACAACAACAAUGAAAAGGUACAAAUUAUAAAGUGUAGUCUCUAUAUAUUACGGGUCUUUUCCAAUGUUCUUGAGUGUUCAUUUCAGAAAAAAAUACCUUUGUGUCCCUGUGCUAUACGUUUGAGUUUUUUGGGGGUUUGUUUUUAAAUCACAAAUGAGGCAUUGUGUAAUGUUUUUACAAUUAAUGCUCAAUUCGUUUUCCUGAAAUCGCUUGAUCGAUAUUGGAAACAGGUGGUAUGUCUAAAAUCUGAACAUUUUUAUUUAUCUGCAGUUGCAAUCUGCAUAAGAACCCAAGCAACAUAUGGACAUAUGCGGGAAUACAUGCUACAAAAAAAGUAUUAUUGUUUUGUGCAGUAUAUUUCUUUAGUUGUGUGCAAUGUAGGGCAACCACAAAUAUGCCAAUUUGCUUUCCCAGCCAAAUGAUAAUAAAUUGUGGAUUUAAUAUAGAGGUCUUGUAAAACCCCUCAUUGGUCUAUAUCCCCUUUAAGGCGGAACAAAGAUAUUGUUCUGCACAGACGCGCUUGGUUCAACCCUGAAUCUCUAUGCUGUAUGCUUUCUGUAGGUGAAAAGGUAAACUACAGGAAUUAUUUGCAGGCUGUAAUAAAAGCUUGUACAGUGCCGCAUGAAACAGGUGAUUUGUGUAGAAGUACCCUAUGCAUAUAGACUUUAUUGCCCCUGUUAAAUUCUUGUAGCAUUCCAGUUAAGGUGCACUCCUAAAACUAAAAUUUUUUGGUAAGCAAGGUAUUUCACCAUGGACAUUUAUUUUGUUAAUUGUAAAUGGCAAAAGGGCAAUUCUAGUUCUUUGUUAAUAUCUCAAACCCUCUUGAAAUAAAUAAGGAAAAACAAAUACAUUCAAUUUUAAAAUGGUGAAUAUUUACAUACUUUUUUGGAGCGGGGGGGCACUUACUAUUAUUUGAUAAAUUAGAAUGUUACUAUAUGUUGGGAAAGGGUUAAAUAUCCAAUCACUGCUUCAUAUUGCUGAAUUGUAUUAUGAUGCCGAAGACCUUGGAAGUAUUCAAGCGGGAAAUAGUGCAUCAGCCUUGUGAUUAGCAAUUCUUACUUCAAAAUGAUCAAUAGCCACAGAAAUAAACAGUUAAUUGCUUUAAGAGUACUGCUAGCUCCAUACAUCAUUCUCCUUCAGCCAAGGUCAAAAUGUUUCUCAUAAACAGAGCUUUACAAUGAGAGUCAUAACAAAGAACUAAAAGGGAGAGUGUGUGUUGUGUGUCUGUGUGUCGUGUAUAGUGCAUUCAUAUCUUAGCCUACUCUUACCAUUUUGGUGCCCGGGGCCAGUAAAGUGUGUGGGUCUUGUCAUCCAUGCUAACACAAACACAAAGUUCGGCUUCAUACAAUGGGCCUAGACUAACUAGAAUAGUGAGGAGCGAUACAAUAGCACAGCUUCAUAUAAAGCCUUUGAUCAAUUGCGUGAAUAGCGCAAGCGCAUACGAUAUGUGGUGAUCUCAGGGUGAUGUCUAUUUGAAGCGGUUUUGUACAUUGUACGUCAAUGAUCUUACAGUGGAAAAUUGUUUAAUAGAGUCUAAAUAAAAAGAGAAGAAGUUUUGUCUUUGACAUGUUGGAGGUCUACGUGUUGGAUUCAGCCUCAUAUACCUACAGAUACAUACUGACACACACACAUACAGACAUACUACCACACAAACAGACACAUUUGCACAUGCAGACAGGCAUAUUUGCACAUGUAGACAUAUACUAUCAUACAGAUACAUUUGCACAUGCAGAAGCAUACUAUCAUACAGACACACACUCAUUUUUACAGACACAGACUUACACUAAUACAGACACAGAUUUACACUAAUGCACAUACAGAAAAUCACUAAUACACACAGUCAUGCACAGACUCAUACUAACAUACAUACAGGAACCCUUGUACAUACCGAUGCACUCCCCAUGUUAUCCCCUUUACCCUGUGCAUUCCUAGUUGCCUUUAGUUUCUCUCUCUCUCUGUACAUUUCCCUAAUCCUUCUUCCCGUUUUACUUUCUUCCCUUUUCCUUUAUUUCACUCUGCGGAGGCUGCUUUCAGUCCUGUUGGAGCAUCUGGCCAGCAGGAAUCUCAUUAGGUGCUUGCUCACACAGAGAAUGAAAGCAUGGGCAUCUUCUCACACAUGUCUCUCAGCUGUAGACUGUCAAUGCAAAGCACAUCCCAGCCCUCAUGGUGCACUGUGUGAAUUAAUCUGCUUACAGCUGCUUGCAUGCUAAUACAAGCACAGGCCUGCAAGCUGAUUAACCUGCACAGUGCAUCAUGAGGACAGUGCAGCUGAAAAGGCAGUGUUGACAUGAAAAUGCCUGAAGGGAGCUAUUAUACUCACCAGAACAACUACAUUAAGCUGUAGUUGCUCUGGUGACUAUAGUUUCCCUUUAAACUGCUCAAAAUGGUUUAACACUGGAUGGAGGGACAGUGCCAGAGGACUCAAGGCACAAUAACCAAUGUAUUGGGAUAAAAUGGAUCCAGUGGCUACAAUGUCCUAAGUAAAUAGUGGGGGGGGUGAAAUUGCCUCCUUGUUCCUCUGGUGCUUAAUGGGUUAAACCUAUCUUUUUGCCUGUCUAAUUCCUCCAAAAGGAUAUUUGUUUGUUUUUUUACUUUGAACCAAUUAAUGUUCCUAUCAAUUUAACACAUUUUAUAGCACUCUUCUUGUGCUCACACCUGUUGCUUUUGGCUACUCCUACUAAGUCGAAUUAAAGUUUUGGCAGUGAUUAGUUAACAGGACUUGCCCUCAGUUUCCUGUCUACUUCCAGCAAUUAUCCUUCUGUCAAAUGUCCAGUUCAUCAGAUUGGAGCAAAGCCUGGUGUCUCGGGUAAGCUGAUUGAGGACGUUAAUCGGCUCAUUUUCCAUUUCUGUUCUUCUCUAGCUCUUUACGCUGUUUUUGGAAUCAGAGUAAAUAUGUUUAUAUCCUGCGACAUUUUGUCGAGGUGAUUGUGUGGGCCUAUAGUAACACCAUAGAGUAACAUUUCCCAUCACAGCCCACAAUAUCAACAGUGCUGAUUACAUUUCUAAUCUAUGAAUGUCAUUAGGCUUUACAUAGGUUGGUAAUGAAAAACCGUCUCUACUAAAGGUGGAAAGUUCUCGAAUACUAAAGGCUUUUAAAUUAACUUCUUCUUGGAACAUAAAAUCACACCAUUUCCAACAGCUGUAUAUUGUUAUAACGAUAACCACAUUUCCCAUACGUCCAAGAGACGAGUAGUUACCCAUUCCUCUCUCACAGGACAGGUAGCAGUGAAAAAUAUAAAGGAACCUUCCAUUGUAGUUCUGCCCAGUUCCUGGUGUCAUGGGUGAUCGCUGUGAUGAUUCUCUUACUAAGCUGAGUUUAGAAAUGAGUCUAAGUACCUCAAAUCUUUUGUACGUGACCUUAAUAACGUGUCCUGCCAUUUGGACACACCUCUAGUCACAUACCAUAUACUCUACAUCCUUUGACCAUUUGGAACGUUGGGAGGUGUGCCUCUAUGUUGUCCAAUAAUGCACUGUUAUGUUCACACCAUCACAAGGUAUAGGCGUAUCAACUUGUAGAUGUGUGAAUGCAUGUAGUGUGCCUAAAUGUAGCAUUUGUCAGCACAACCGACUUAUUAACAUCAGAUAUUGCUAAUUCCCUCACAGUAUGUAAUAACUAGCUAGCAUGGCACUAACAUAAUGCCACCUAUAAUAUACAUAUGUACUCUAUAUGUGUUGUCAUGUGUUUGACUGUGAAAUACGCCCCAGUAUCAGCUAUUCCAAGUUUCAAUUGUAAAACAGCAAGCCUAUUAUUUAAUAUUCAUAUAUUUACAGUGUUUAUAGUGUUAUACUGCCACCUUGAGUUCAAUGCCAAUAUAUCAUCAUUCACAUAUAUUUAACUCACAGCCUCUGCUGUUUGUUGUGGAUUUAAAUGCGCGUGUUCGCCCAUAAAUGUGAGCAUGUCAUGUGGGCACGCAUGUGUGUCAAGAUGAUGAUUAGCCCAGCAGGCCAGCCAAUCAGAGUUGCCCGUUUACUGAUAGCUGUUGAAGCACAUGCAUGUGGACUUAAAUGCUGUCUUGCUGUAAUUUGAAUUUUAUAAUCAGCAGUCAAGUGGUUGUUGCAGAACUUACAAACUGUUUUAUUGAUUAAAACCUUUAUUUCAUAUUCAGCAGCCAUUACGCCAGUUCGGUGUUUGUAGGGUCAAAAAUCACCAGGGCUUGAACCCAAAAAUAAUUUGGUAACCCUUCCUAAAACCCCAAUAACUAGAAAGGGAAUUUUGGAGACCCCAUUCUUUAAUAGGGGCCCACCCAGGACUCAGUAAGUCCUCUCUCCCGAUGCCCCUGCAUUAUGUAUAUGUUUUAUGAGGAAUAUUAAAAGGACAGCCUAGAAAACAAAUAUUUUAAUUUUCAUAUUAAAAUAUUAUUUUUUUGAAAAUCAAGGUUUUUAUUGAGGAUAACAUGAAAAGGUAUAAAGUAUUGCAUUUACAAAACAAAAUAUAUAAAAUAAAAUAUAUCAGACGCACAGGGCCAGGUAAUAUCAGGAUAAAAACUGACCACACAGGGUCACAUCUGGGUGGAAUAACUGCGCAGCCAUACCCCUAAUAACAUGUCUGAAUAUUAUACUUCUUCGGGGUGCAGUAAAAAUGAGACAUAUAGGUACUUCACAGCAAAUGGUGGUUGUAUCCCGUACUCCCGCGUUCCCCUAAACUGGGAAUAUCAAUAUCAAAAUAUUGUGUCUCGAUGAUAAAUAGAGGCAUAAAAUGAAAAUAAUGUGAGUCACCCUUCAUAGCUAAAACCCUUCACGCCAAUCCCCAGCUUCCAAACAGUCAGAGCAUAUCAAAGUAUAUAUGUAUUGUAAAUCUGCCUAUCUAUAACCCAUACACAAUUUAUUGCAACAUUUCCAUUGAGACAAUGAAUCAAUCUAAAAACACACAUAGUUAGACUCUACUUUCCUGAUGCAGGUAGGUGGAAAGUUUUGUUUUAAAUAGAUUUUUGUUCUCUCUCUCUGAAUGGCAUUUAUAUGUUUAUGUGACUAUGCUUAUUGUCAUAACAGUAGUUUUUUUUUUUCUUUACAAGGUAGAUGGCAAGUAAGUUGUUUUUUUUCCAAUAGCUGUAUAUUGCCAAUCUUAACUGUUGCGCCAUGAUAUGAUUUCAAAGGGUGGGAUUAUUUAAUUUAAAAAAAUCUCAAAUCUCUUUGUGAUAAUUCCUGCUCGCACAAUGCAUUGUUGAAAUGCUGUUGUCUUUAAACUAGGCAUAUCUUGUAUGUACCAUGACAGGGACACCUUAAUAAUUGUAUAUUGGUGUUGGUACGAUUAUACGUGUGUGGUAAUCUUCAUUGCAGCUUUAGUGGAAGCUUUGCAUAAGCAUUAUUGACGGCAUAAAAUCCGGAUCUAACUAUAACACCCGCAGGAACACUUAUAAGUCAUAUUAGCAUACAAUGCCCACAACAGGAGCGCAGGAUUAGGGGGGAUAUAAGGAGAUUUGUGAGGCUCUCGUGUUAGUCUGAGUACUUCUGAGAAGCAACAUUUAGUGUAGAGUUAUUUUAUUUGGAUUUAUUGAUUUAAAAACAUUUAAUUAAUAAGAGCUUUGUCAGAAAACUAGGCAUACAUGAUUUUUUUUUUAACUCUUAAUGGUCUUAACAUGGAUGUGGGUACCUUGGGAUUUAAGUAAGUUUGUGAGUGUAUGAAUUAUUCAUGUUACGGUGCAGUUUAGGCAUAUUUGAGGAUAAAACUGGACAAAGUGAGACAUUUUUAGCUGUGAUUUUGCAGAAUUCACAAUUUCUUUUUCAUGCACUCAUGAUGCAUUUGUAAUACAAUAUAUAAAAUAUAUAUUUUUCUUUCUUAAUUUUAACUUCUUGAUCACACAAUAUUAGUUACGUUAAAUUGUAAAUUUAAAUGCUUCAAACGUGUGAGCCCAUAUUGUUUAAAAUUAUUAUUUUUCCAACAACUUUUCUCAUUGUUUUAAAGGAAAACUAUAGGGCCAGGACCAAAAACAUUUAUCCCUAACCCUAUAGUGUUAAAACCACCAUCAAGCCCAGUGAUGGCUAACCUUGACACCAUAAAUCGUUUCUGGACUACAUUUCCCAUGAUGCUCAGCUAGCUUUUAGAGUCUAAAAGCUUGCUGAACAUCAUGGGAAAUGUAGUCCAGAAACAAUUUAUGGUGUCGUGGUUAGACAUCAAUGAUCUAGCUCCCACCUUGUAUUCCUAAAUAUAGUAUAAUCUUACCUUUAGUCCAGUCUGCUACUGCUGGCUCUGCCCUGAUCUGCAUGCUUGGCUGACAUCAUCAGAAGUGUUGAUCAAAAGCCAACCACAAUGCUUUCUUAUAAGAAAGCACUGGAUUGGCUGAGCUUGUCAAAGAGGCAGAUCAUGGGCAGAGCCAGCACAAGCCAAACACAGCCCUGGACAAUCAGCAUCUCCUCAUGAAUUGAAUCAAUGCAUCUCCACGAGGAAAGUUCAGUGUCUGCAUGCAGAGGGUGGAUACACUGAAUGUCAGCAUGGUCCCAGGAAGCACCUCUAGUAGCCAUCUGAGGAGUGGCCAGUGAAGUUAUCACUAGGCUGUAAUGUAAACAUUGCAUUUUCUCUGAAAAGACAGUGUUUACAGCAAAAAGCAUGAAGGUAAUGAUUCUACUCACCAGAACAAAUUUAAUAAGAUGUAGUUGUUCUGGUGACUAUUGGGUCCCUUUAACAAUAUUCAGACGUUUGCGUUUAAUACACCCCCUGCCAAGAAAGGCUUUAUAGAAAACAAGGGGGUUGCGCCUAUACACUCAUAGCAGCAUAGCCACAGUGAACAGGCAGUGUAUAUUUUGUAUUUCCCUGAAACACUGCAUUAUUCAUCCCUACGUAUGUGCCUUCUAGCUGAUUUUUGUUUUGUUUUUUAACCUUUACUAUCUGUCUGAAACUAACUAGCACAGGCAUAGUGCAAAAUGUUAUUGGCCUUAACUUAUAUCAUUUUUAUGACCGCAUAUGUGGAUUUCAUUAGGUAAUAUGACCAGCUAUAAAGUGGGAGCUUAAAAAUUGCACCCUAUAAAUUCCAUUAAUUUAACCUUUGAAUAAAUAUAGCAGUAUUUUUAUUUAGCUUUGACUCUUUUUAAUGGAAUGCAGAACGCAACUGUCGUUCUCUUUAUAAGCGGGUGUAAAACUCCCAUCACUGCCACAAAGUAUUUAUUAGAAAUGGGUUGAGUGUUUGAUCAUAGAAGGGACGAACUUGACUGUGAAUUGAAUGGUGCUGGCUAUGGCUAUGGGGCAUGAGAUUGUCAUUGGAAUCCGAGUGUGUUUAAAAGCACAACCUUCAGACGUUUGACACAUUUCCUUCCUCUCAUUAUUCUUAUACGGGACCAAGCUUGUGUAAACACACGGCUGAUGUAAGCUUUGUUCUAGAUCUGCCUGUGAUGAUUUCACUUUUCGAUCAGAUAACAUGACUUUGUCCAGUACUGGUAAAUAUGUUAUGAAUAUUCAGGCAUAGAAAGACUUCUUAUUUCCUUAUACCCAUAACCUGCAGUUUUGACAGAGAAAGCCCCAAAUUUAGUAUUUACACUCUACCAAAGCUCAAUCUCUAUUUUUCAUAGGGUCUGUACAAAAUAAUUUGACCCAACACAGAAAACACAGUAAUGCAUUGAUAAGUGUGUACACAUGAGUAAUUCUGUUGACACGGGAAUGGCCGGGGGAAGGGGUUGGAGUAUCAGGAACAAGGGGUAAAGAAACAAAGAACAGUUUCAAGUAGUCAGCAGGUGUUUAAAGGGCUCCAGGUGAGCUGCCGUAAAAGCAACAAAUUAUAUUUUAUUUUAAAUAAAUCACAUGGAAUGUUCCAUCUAUUUCAGAGGGGUUUCCACCAGGGCUGCAGUCACUAAGAAUUUACGUUGCCAGUCUCCUACGCCCCUGCGCUCUUCCUGUCCUGCUCAGACAGGUGUCUGAUUUGUGCCCCUAGUUAUAGUCAGUAACACAGCCCCCCUGUCAAUCUCAGCAGUCCCAUCUCUCUGUCAGUACCCCCUUCUGUCUUCAAUAUCUAUUCCUGUCCUCAAAUCCGACUCAAUAUCUGCUCUAAUUAGUUUACUCUUCUCUGAUUAGCCCUCUGACCUGAAGAGCCCUCACAUCCUAUUACCUACAUUGUCCUCACUGGUCCUGCUCCGGUCUUCAAUAGCCUUCCUCUCCUCUCAGUAAUCCUCCCCUCUAUUUAUUCAUUAACCCCCAAUCUCUGUAUUUUCCGAAUAAUCCCUAUCUCUUUCAUAUGUACCAAAUAACUAUUCCCUCCGUACUGAGUGUUGCUGAAUGAUUAUACUAAUGCAAGUGAAAACAUGAGAUAAAAUGCAUUUUGUAUUUUUUUUUAUUUAUUUUUUUAGCAGUUUAGCCAGUAUAACAUAUUAAUUCAUUGGGAAAAGAAAAGUACACACAUGGCUUCUCCAUUUUGGGUUUAUUUUUGUUAAAGGACCACUAUAGGCGCCUAGACCACUUCAGGUUAAUGAAGUGGUCUGGGUGCCAGGUCCAGCUAGGGUUAACCCUUUUUUCUAUAAACAUAGCAGUUUCAGAGAAGCUGCUAUGUUUACAUUAGGGUUAAUCCAGCCUCCAGUGGCUGUCUCAUUGACAGCCGCUAGAGGCGCUUGCAUGCUUCUCACUGUGAUUUUCACAGUGAGAGGACGCCAGCGUCCAUUGGAAAGCAUUGUGAAUGCUUUCCUAUGAGACUGUCUGAAUGCGCGCGCAGCUCUUGCCGCACAUGUGCAUUCAGCCAAGGAGGAGCAGAGUUCCCCGCCCGGCGCUGGAGAAAGAGAUAAGUUUAACCUCUUCUUUACCCUAGAGCCUGGUGGGAGGGGGACCCUGAGGGUGAGGGCACCCUCAGGGCACUAUAGUGGUCUUUUAAAUAAAUCAUGACACAGUGUAAUAUGCCAUGUGUUCACUUGAGGUUGUAGUUACCUAAUUCUAAGACCGUCUAAGGAACACAUGAUUGUUAUGUUCUGAUAUGUAAAAACAAAGAGGGUGUACUUUCUUUUCUUAUUAAUAUAUAUAUAAAUAUAUAUAUAUAUUUAUUAUUAUUAUUAUUAAUUUUAUUUUUUUUCUUCUUCUCAGGGUUAGGGGCUCAUAAAAAAAUAGAAAAUAAUAAAACAAUGUGAAUUUGUUGCGAACACCACCUCCUCAUGCUAUUAAUAUUGCAAUCACUGUAUAUUUUGAUAGAAGGUACUUCAACUAUGACAGAACUGGCAGGCAAAGCAAUAGAUCGGCUGAAUUCUUUCCCCCUUCAGAGAUAAACACAGCAUUAUCCCACACAAUAUGUUUUUGAAUGUAAAAACAAAAUCCCUUUAAAAGACCACUUGAAGCACCAUAACCACUGUAACUCAGGUUUGACUUCUUACUUGAGGUCAGACGCAUGCCACUCCCUGCCUCCACUUCUUCUGACAGAGAGGCUAAGCCUGGUGGUGCAGUGCUUAACUCCUUGGCUAAGAGUGAUCAUCUGACACUCUCAGCCAGUGAGUUAGUCCUGCAUUGCAGGGCUUCGUUCUGGAGAGAUAAUAGAGGGAGGAAGUGACGCCUUGAGGACCCAAGGUAAGAAAUCAAGCUGUUCUAAAGAGCUUUGACUAUUUACUAUAGUGCUGUAGUGGUUAUGGUGCUUGGAAUAAAAAAAUGCAUAUAUUAUAAUCUAAAAAUAAAUACAUUGCACUGACCAAAAUUGGGAUAGGUCUGCUGCAUCCAGUACAGUUAGAAGGGUAGGUUAUGGUGUAUGGAGAGUCCCUCCUCACCAUUAAAUGGCUGCCUGCCUGCCUGCUUUAUGACAUGCAUUCUUUAGCAAUCCUAAACCAAUGAAUCUAAAAAGCAAUAAAGAUUUUUCAAAGAAACCGUGAAGGAAUAGGGCACUAAUUUCAUACUGGUCUUCCUCAAGCCUUAGAUUUUAUAAAAAAUAAGGAAAAAAACCAUCAUAAAUAUCUGGUAGUAAGGAAAUUCAGGGCAUUCAUUAACUUCAAGUCAAUUGUCAACCAAAUUGCAAUAUUUGGGUCUGUGUAGUGGAGCUGCAAAUGUAAUAAACACAAAGAUAUUUUUCAAAGCGGGUUUUGCUUUUUUACUACAAUUGACUGUUUAGUGAAAAACUCUAAAGUGGAAUUGUUACCGGGUAACACUGAAGAAGCCAACAUUUAUACCCCCUGCACAGCAAAGGCUUCUGUGCAGCUUCAUGGUGAGUUCUGAAAGCAGUCCUAAAAACAUUCUGUUCAGACCUUCAAGUACUGAAUAGGACAUUGCCUUACAACAGGACAUUCCAUUGCAUGCUACCGUGACAGCGAAUGGGUUAAACCUAGCAGGGGACAGAGUGACACUGAAAAUAUGUGACUGCUAUGACAUUUGAAAUGUACGUAUUUAUUGUGAAGGUUUAUAAUGGAUUGACAUGUACUGACGCUCUCUUGCUGCUCAGUGGGGACACCUCAUGAUCAGUGAGGUGGAACUAGUAAACAUUUGACUAUAAUCACUACAGAUACUCUCCUGUGUGUGUCCCAUCCGUGGUGUGUUUUUGCAUGUAGCUGUUUUGUUUCUCUCUCACCCCCCACCCCCUCCCUUUUUUCUUUCCUUUACUCUAGUAAGUACUGCCGGUGGAUGGCUAUGACAUUAUCACAAAUGAUAUAAAUUUAUAUGAUUAUCUUCAAACAUUAUAUUACAAAUCUCAUACACUGAGCUGAUUUAAAUAAUAAAUGAAAGUAGCACUAUGGUGUCAUGAAUAAAAACAUGUAUUCCUGACUCUAAAGUGCUGUUGUGAUUGUGUGACUAAGUGUUUACUAAAAAAGACUAAACAUACCCCACUUUCAGUACCUUGGGUUGUCUACUUUUUCAAAUGGUAUGCCAUUAUGGGGGUAAUUCUCAUUCCUGGGCUACCACACCGUCUCAAAGGUAACACUACUAAUCUGGCAAAUUUCAAUUUGAAAAUGGAAUGUUCUAUAUUUGACCCUGUAACUUUCCAAAACACCAUAAAACCUGUUAAUGGGGGGUACUGUUGUACUCGUGAGACAUCGCUGAUUACAAAUAUGUGCUUUUUCUUGCAGUAAAACCUAACAGUAUUAUGACAUUCACAGCUAAAAUGUCAGACGGAAAUACAAAUUUUUAAAAUCUUAUUUUCUCACAUUUUUUUAAAAUUUUAUUCAUAAUACAUUAUGUUCCAUAUAUGAAUAGUUAAUGAUGAAUUAAAGCCCUGUUUGUCCUGAACAAAACGAUAUAUAAUAAGUGUGGGUGCACUUAAUGUGACAGCGGUGAAUUACAGUUGAACAGACAUAGCGCAAAUUCUAGUUUUUGCUUACGUUUUGUUUUGAUCAGAACGUGCACUAUUGACUCCGUCCUGAAGGAGUUAAAGUAACACUGUAGCAUUAGGAAUAAAAACGUGUAUUUCUAACACUAUAGUGCUACUGUCCUUUAUUUAUAAAAUAUUUUACCAGGAAGGAUACAUUGAGAUUUCUCUUGUUUUCAAGUAUAUGAUGGGAGGGGUCUAUCGUUAUUUUUUGCAUAUUUAAAAUGUAUUAUUAAUACAUAUAUAGUGAAUGAGGGGGCAGUAUUGCUUAAAUUUCUUUAGACUUCCAAAUAGCAGAGAGAGAGUGUAGAGAUCUCCCACUUUGUUGUGAAAUGCUGCCUACAUAUUACACCAUAGUGCAUUACCCUACAGGUUCAAGGCUGUGCUAUAGGAAUAACAUGUACCAGUUACGUUAAUGAUUAAUCCCCGAUAGUGGAGAUCCUUUUCAAGCCGUUUCUGGAUGCAUAAUGCUAAUUAUGGAUGCUAAUUUUACCUGGUUAGACAUCUCUGCUACAUGAAUUACUGAAAGUGAUCUAAUUUUCAUCUUUUUCUUUGCUUUUUCAAUUUUCUUAAAAUCUGAUUGAAAUAACUAAAAAAGGAAGACCAUGUUAAGAGAACACUCUCUAAUGUUAACGUGUUAAAACAUCUGGGGUGUGGGGGUGACAAAAAAGAAAAAACCCCAUUAAAUUGACCUGUUAUCCAGGAAUCGGACAAGUCUCUUUUCUACAGCUGCAUGGCCUUCGAUUAAAGGACCACUAUAGUGCCAGGAAAACAUACUCGUUUUCUGGCACUAUAGUGCCCUGAGGGUGCCCCCACCCUCAGGGCCCCCCUCCCGCCGGGCUCUGGAAAGGGGAAAGGGGUAAAAACGUACCUUUCUCCAGCGCUGGGCGGAGAGCUCUCCUCCUCCGAUCCUCCUUCUCUCCUCCCCGUCAAUGAGACAGCCACUAGAGGAAAUAGGGGAAGGCUUAACCCAUUCACAAACAUAGCAGUUUCUCUGAAACUGCUAUGUUUAUGAAAAAAUGGGUUAACCCUAGCUGGACCUGGCACCCAGACCACUUCAUUAAGCAGUAAUCAUCGCACUCCGCCACUAAAAUGCUUCUCACAGUGAUUGGGUGGUACCACCAAGCAGCCAAUCAGAAUAUAGCUUCCAUUUAAGUUUUUUUAUUUUUCUAUCAGCAUUUUACUGACUCUCUAAAUAAAACAAUCUCUCUCUCUUUCUCUCUCUACUUUCUCUAAAAAGUUUUUUUUAUUUUUUCAUGCUACCAUAAAAAUCACAGCAGGCAGGUGAUAAUGUUUACAGAAGCGAGGGAUCGUAUCUUAGUGUGCAAUUAUAUAAAUAAUCUAUAGAAAAGUCAGAUACUGCCCUAGUAACGUCUAAGUAACACAUGAUCCGUUAAGCUUGACAUUGUAUGUAUAUCCAGAGAGCAGCAGAACGGUUAUAGAGACUGUUCCAUUGCAGCAGCAAACCUUGCAUUUAUUUCACUAGGAUUUAUUUUUUCUGCACUAAAAAUGUUUGGUAUGGUCCCUAGUCAAUUAUUUAUGAAAACCAUAUGUUUAAUGUGUUUUACUUGAUAAGUAUUGCUAAGACUUUACAUUUAUCAGAGUUAAAGCGGAGGGAGUAGCUAUAAUUAAACUAUAGUCACCUAAAUUACUUUAGCUAAAUAAAGCAGUUUUAGUGUAUAGAUCAUUCCCCUGCAAUUUCACUGCUCAAUUCACUGUCAUUUAGGAGUUAAAUCACUUUGUUUCUGUUUAUGCAGCCCUAGCCACACCUCCCCUGGCUAUGAUUGACAGAGCCUGCAUGAAAAAAAAACUGGUUUCACUUUCAAACAGAUGUAAUUUACCUUAAAUAAUUGUAUCUCAAUCUCUAAAUUGAACUUUAAUCACAUACAGGAGGCUCUUGCAGGGACUAGCAAGCUAUUAACAUAGCAGGGGAUAAGAAAAUCUUAAUUAAACAGAACUUGCAAUAAAGAAAGCCUAAAUAGGGCUCUCUUUACAGGAAGUAUUUAUGGAAGGCUGUGCAAGUCACAUGCAGGGAGGUGUGACUAGGGUUCAUAAACAAAGGGAUUUAACUCCUAAAUGGCAGAGGAUUGAGCAGUGAGGCUGCAGGGGCAUGUUCUAUACACCAAAACUGCCUCAUUAAGCUAAAGUUGUUCAGGUGACUAUAGUGUCCCUUUAACAUGUACUCUGGUUUUAAAUGAACACUGUAAUUAAAAUUACUAAAAAGAAAAUACACUUGCUGUAAGAGAAAUUUAGAACACAUAUCAUCUUUAUAGUCUCUGUGGGGAGAUUAAUUAAUGUGUCCCAGAAUAAUAGGCACUUUUUAAAUAUUUGUUUUUGCCUGGAAUCAUCAAUUUUGACACUAUAUAUUACUUUUGCAAAAUUUCUGGAUUCUUUGGAAGCAUUAAUUUUGUCUAUCACAUUUUAUCUGUAAACAUAUUUUUUUGCAGCAGGAAAGUAUUUUAUUUUCUGACAUAAUCUGACUACUUUUAUCUUCAGAAUUCUCACUGAAAAUCCCCCCAUUAUUCUUAGUGGGACAGAGGUGUAAAAAUGUGCCCAAAUAUAUAAAUAGGUGACACUCUCUUGAUACUACUUUAUAUAACUAACAAAUUGAACAGAUUUUUAAACGUUACAAAAAAGACAAAAUUCUGAACAUUUUGAUAAAUCCGACCAGUGUACUUUAAUAUUUACAUGCCGGAUUUUACGUAAUAUAGGACGCAGUCUUAUAACAAAACUUGGGGUAAAAAAACUGCCUGUGUGCUAUGUUUAAAGUGUCAGCCGGCGCAAUGUCUGGGUGAUAGGAGCUACUAGCAUGCUGCGGUAGGGAAUCUUUUUUUAAUCCUCUAUCUGGACAUUCAUUUCUUCUAAAUCUCUAGUUAAAAUGUAUGUGUGCGUCUUGUAAACCGCAAAAUAUGGUACUAUAUAUAAAAUCACUCUUCUAUUUGUGAUAAGCACUUAUGCAAUUUGCUAUAAACACUGUAUCACAGUAUUAAAGGCUGUCUACCUGUCGAGAUCUGAUACAGAAUAAAUUGUCGACAGAGUGCACAAAGUGCGUUCGGACCGCAAUACUUUGUCUUCAUUUGGGUAAGUAGUGCUUUUGGCAGAGGGUAACAUGAAUUAGUCAUGCCGAAGGAGGGAAAACGACAGGUUUACCUCAAAAAAUGCACCAAAAAAAAAAGCACACACAAUAAAAAGAAAAAGGUUUAUUGUAAAAUUUAAAUUCAGUUACAGGAUUCUUUAAAUGUUUUUUUUCCUAUGUAGGUGGCUUUGUUGAGUCACCUCUCAUACGUGGUUGUAAAACAGAUACCAUUUAAUAGAGGUACACCCAGUUGUGUAGGUAAAGUGGAUUUCACAAGAGAAAUGUUAAAGAUACAUGGUGGUGUUCAAAUCUAUUACAUACUGCCUGAGAUCUUAUCACAUAUGUAAUCUGAGUGCUUAAACCAGGGUUAAGUACCAGCAUGACUGCAAGUUCAGGGUGAAAUGGUGUCCACAAUUAAGGAGGCUCUGUCACACAUACAACCUUCUCCCGUCCAAAAUUAGUAUUUGAUAAAGAUAAAAUCUCUAUGAAAUACAUGGACUGUGUUGGGAUUUCACUGAAAUUCCAACAUAGUCAAACAAUAUAUUUAGACAGAGUAGGGAAUACUUUGUUGUAGGAAUUUUCCUACAUUUGACAAAAAGUUUAAGCUAUAUUUUUGUCAAGCCCCCAGCUGUCAAAGGGGACAGGUGCAAGGGACAAGUUCAGGUCAGUAUAACGCACCUUCUCCUGCAGCCCUCAUCCACUGUACUACCAACAGAGCAGUCCACAUCGGGGAUCUAUAAAAAAUGAUCCAAAGACCCCAGACUGUGACGACCACGUUAAAUGAAAUUAGUUGACAUAGUCCGGGUUAUUCACUAAAAUUAGAAUUGAAAGUGAAUCUCAAUUUUUAAAUUCGAAAGUAGCUGAACUGCAAGAAUAGCCAUCUCAGAUAACUUUCCAGGUCAGCUGCAUUGCCCUAAAAAUGUUAAAUUCACUUUGAAUUCUCACUACAGUCAGGGCCGGCGCGUCCAUAAGGCGGCACAGGCGGCCGCCUUAGGGCGCACCGGCCCGGGGGCGCAAAUGUCCGGGUGACCGGCAGGAGGGAAGCGCACAGCUCCCCUCUCCUGCCGGUCACUUCUUGUAGCGUGGCCGAGCGCCAACCUGCAGUGCCGCGGACUGUGUGGAGGGGGCGGGGAUAUGAACGUCAUAUCCCUGCUCCCUCUGUAGCACACAGCGCGGCUGGCGCCCAGCAGGGGCGGAGCUACCACUGGCCCCCUUCUAAUCAGCAUGGGAGGAAGUCCUCCCAAGAAGACUACAGCAGCAAAAGGCAGAGAGGAGGGGGCUGGGCAGGACCAGCUCCUCCAACUCCCAACUACCUCAGGCAGCACUUUGGAUCCCAGGUAA